AGAGGAGGGGGGAAGUGACAGAUGAGAGAUGACAAAAAGAAAGAGGAGAGGAAUGGGAGAAAAAGGAGGAGUCAAUAGAGGAGAUAUAGAUAAGAGAAUCGAGAAUGACAAGCGCUGAAGAAAGGAGGAAGAGGAGAUGAAGCCAGGAGUUCAAAAGAAGUGACAAAAGGAAAAGAGUAAAUUGUUGAAGAGGGAAUUCCUGAAAGAGGAGGAGGAAAAGCAAAAACAGGGAGUGGAAAAGAGAGAGGAAAAGGAGGAGGAGGAGGAGAGGGAGAGGGAGAGCUGUGAAAUAAAGUGAGUGUAAGAGACAGAGUGAGCAGAGCUGAGCUGAGUUUGUGUCUGACGUCGAGCUGAAAGUCUGGAGGCUUCAGACUGGAUAUCAGGAGUGAGCAGACAGCUGCCAAACCCAGCGAUACACACAUGCAGAUACACACACACACACACACACACACACACACACACACGCGCGCGCGCGCAUGCAAAUACAUGGACAGUGCAGAAGGAGCUGCGAGGCUCUGUUGGAUAUGACUCAUCCAGUGAGGCGGUUCGCUGAGAUGGACUCUGAGUGACCGUUGGGAUUAAACCAGUUUACAUCCAGUCAGGUGAGUUUAAUCUGCUGAUCACAGCUGGGCUGGACUUUAAUUUAGACAUUAAAAAAAGGUGUUUUCUUUCAGACAAAUUGACUGUCAUUAAAACUCAAAAGUUGAUCAGUUUUUUUUUCCUGAAAAGGCUCCUCAGAUAAACUUAUUUUGUUUGUCUGAAUACUUCAAUAAAAAGUUCAGAUGGCUGUUUGGAGAUGUGCAUUUAAGAUGUAAAGAAAAGCACAGGUGAGCCUGAGUUUGUUUGUUCCAAACUGGACUUAAGUGAGGAUGCUCCCUCUGUGGAGUCUGGAUGUUGUUGGUCUGAGCUCAUAGUUUCUCCUCAUGACUGUUUAGUGUUUUGUUUCACUCUGCAGGGUUUUUUUUUCUAAUUUCACACAUAAAAACAUAAUUCUGCUUCUGGAAACUUUGGCUGAACUCCCUUCACGUUGUUUUCUGCAGAGUCCAUCAGUAUUUACAACUUUAGACUUGUUUUCUGGUAGAGCUGUUGGAAAUGUUGCUCAUAAACUUUUCAUUUUGUUUGUGUAUUUCACUUGUUAGGGCGACCUGGUAGUUUGUUGGUCCUGUUGCAGCCUUCAUUCACCUACAUGAUACACGUGCAGUAUCUAAUUUCUUUUCAUGGAAAGUCAGAAGUCCCUCCCAACUCAAAGACUGAUUAAUUAAAGAUUAAUGAUGUUAGUGUAAUCUCUAUUUUCAACAGAUUCAACCCAAACAUGCAGAAUCUAGGCUUGUAGGUCUGGAUCUCAUGUCGUGUAUGCACCAAACUAAAGCAUUUUCAGGUAAAUUUCCUGUAAAAUCAGCGUAAAGACGUUAUUUGCGUUGAUUUGAACAUGAUGUUAGAAUGGGAGGUGUUCAGGAUUUUGUUAGUCUGUUUGUAGUCAGAAUAAAACCGGCCAAUCAGAUGACAGCAGACAGAAAAAGAGUCUGUAUGUAUUGAGAGCAAAAACAGGUGAGAUACAACACGCCAGCUCUCAUCGGCUUAAUAAUCUGAAAUUUACUCAGUUCUCUUUGAUCAAACAUCUGCAUGCAAGACCUACAAAAAUUAGACAAGCAACAUUUUUCUUAUUCCGAUGGCAGGUUUAUUUUUUUAACAUUCAUAUUCGAGUGAUUUUAUUUUUCACCUGUAAUAUCGAGAAAUAAGACAUUUCUCUGGACUUGUCAGGUGAAUGAUACCCAGACUUCCUUGAAUCCAUCAGGAAAAGUUGUUUUCUUCUCUCGAGGACAGACUCAACAAAUCUUGACUUUUACCAACAUGAUCUGCAUCAUGUUGGUGUCGUGUCAACAAACUUAAGGCUUCUUAAUUACCGGAAAAUCAAAAUAAAAAGAAUUUAUUUUCUGAGUUUCAAUUCUCUCUGAGCUGAUCUGAUCAGUAAAUGAUUCCUCUAUCCAAAUUGCACCUCUGAUGAGUUGAUUCAUUUUGUGUCUUUGCAGAAAAAUAAGCUCUGGUUGAAAAAAAACUUCUAGUCUACAAGUGAGAUCUGUGUUCUGUCUAUUAUCUUAACAUCGUCCCUUCAAUCCAAGGCAUCCACUUCGUGCACCCGAGACUUCCCAGUUUGUUUCUGUGAUUAUUUAAAGACAAUUGUGGUAGGAAUCUGAAACCAAGUUUAUAUGUUCUGCAAUAAUUGGAUUGCUCAAAGAGCCAUGUUUAUAUGAAACCGCCUGGAGGUCAGAGUCCUCCCCAAACCAUGAUGAAAAUUUUAACCAAAAGCUUGCAAUCCUUCAGGUCGAGUCAUCAUCUGUGGGAACAUUUAUUGACUUCCGACUUUAAGACAAAUUUCAAUCUAAAACUGAAAGUGUAGCAUCAUAAAACUCCUGUAAGUUAAAGGGAAACAGCUUUGCUGUAAUAUUCAUUUUAUUGUAGGAAUAAAAAACGCCAGGGGCCUUUUUUUCGUGUGUGAACUCUUCAUCCUAACAUAUCUUAUAUCCAUCUUUUAAACAUUUCAGUAUUAUAACUCUGGCUGUUUCAUGUGUCCCUUAACGUAACCCCCCACCCCCCUCCCCUGGUGUGAUGGAGGUUUUUGCUCUCAGAGCUAGCAGAGAGCCAGUUUCUCAUGAACCCUCAGUGAGAGUGGCUCAGAGCAACAAGCUGCCAGAAUAAACAUCAACACGACGCAACGGGUCAGCUCUGCUCGCUUGACCUCAACUAUACCCUCCUCUCCCUCGCCCCUUCCUCUCUUAUCAUCUACUUCUCAGUGUUUGAAUUUGUGUAUUGAAUCAACACACUUUUAUUUCCUAAUCAACUCAAAUGAGUGAAAGGUAAAUUUGAUGAUCUGAAGCUGAAAUAACAGACAUCAUACUGAUCUUAAGUCUUUUUAUCUUUUUAUUUUUUUUUUGCAGGUUUGUUAGAUUUGUCCAGAUACAGAGCCGACCAGCAGCUUUAUCUGAACUGAUUGAUGCACUAAAACCUUAAAAGUCUGCAUGAAUCUGUCUCUUUGGUACAUUUACAGGGCAGCCCAGGCCCCAAAAUAAUUCAGUAUAUAUGCAUUACAUUUCACAGACAGUCAAAAGUAAAUCCAGAUGUCUCCAAACAUAUUAUUAAUCAUCCUUUCAGCCUAAUUGCUGUCUUUAAAUCACAGUAAAAUCAUCUCUUUUAUUUGAGCUCGAAGCGCUGAAAUAUGACAGUCUUCAGUUGGCCUAAAGCUACUUUAAGGGAUUUGUAAUUUAUGUUAAUUUUGGUGCCCCCUUGUGGACAAUCUGCUCAUGUGGAUACUGUUUACUGCAGAAAUCUCAUCAGGCAUUAAAAGUCAAAUGCACACAAUUUAACACUUUAUCUGACACCCACACCUGCAGUUUCAGACAUUAAAAAUAGAGUUAAAGAAAUGGUCGUAAUUACAUCACAGGUGUCCUGUGUGUGUGUGUGUGUGUGUGUGUGUGUGUGUGUGUGUGUGUGUGUGUGUGUGUGUGUGUGUGUGUUUCUGGUUAUCAAGACAUUUCAGCCGUAAAGCCUCAGAGCUUGUGUGUUCAUGUGUGGAUGUUUAAGCAGUAGAGGGUCUUUUUAAGCAGAUAUUACAUUGACUCAGCAGGAAGUGAGUAGCUUAUUGGUGACGGUGACGGAGUUAGACACCAAGGGCUCUAUUUUCGUGCGCGCCGGUGAGGCGACGGAGGGUGGCGGACCCCAUGCAGUUGUAUUUUCGUCUGGCGGAGCCCGGCGUACAGCCAGUUUGGUAUUUUCGUGGACUGAGGCGCACGGAGGCGAGCCGAGAUCCGCCAAGCUGGGCGUGGUGGCAUGGCAGGGGGAGGUGUCGACAGAAUCAGCGGGGGGCGCAGUGACAUUUUCGUGCUCGCCACCGGCGUGUAAAGUGCGCUGAAAGCUCGCCGAUUCAAACCUGGUCAGCUUUCAGCGCAGGUGGAACGCAGAUGGUCUAGUAGUAUUUUGGUAGACUGGCGGCGUAUCGACAUACAUCACUGAUGCCUCACCGGCAGGUUUCCACAGUGUCAGGCACAUUUCAGUGCAAUAAAUAAUCAACAACAACUAUUAAUCUGAGUCAGCACAUACAUUUAGAUCUAUAUAGAUAUAUUCUGAUCUAUAUCUGAUCUGAUGAGCGCGUUUGGCACGCGUUUGGACACACAACCUGACCGAAUCAACACAGCUGAAACUGCAUUAAAUUAAAUUAAAUAUCUAGUAAAUAAACACACAUGAUGAAGUUAACUAGAUAUGUAAUUCGUCUCCCUCCUUUUCUUUCUUCCUCUUAUUUCUCACGCAGCUCGACCUGGACAUGUCUCUGUGUCCUCUCUCUGUCCUGCAGCGGCUGAACAGAUGAUUUGUUUCAGUGCCCAGAUGCGUUAUCUACUUUAAGCCGACAUACAGAUAUUAUAAUAUUCAGUUUUGUGGGCCAAAUUUAUUUUAUAUGCCAACAUCUAUGAAAGAGAGAGCCAGGCCACGGAGCACAAUGCAUCAUUACGCACAGAUGGUUCCAAUUUUAAUGCCGUUUUUGGAGUUUAUGUUGUGAUCUGUGCGCUCAACCCACCUUUGUCACGUGAGGUUUGAAUAUGUGCACCUUUAUGUGAGUGUCUUUAUUUGUGGAAAAGGGUGUUUGUCUUACCAGUGGGUCCAACAUUACACACACCAAAUCCAUCUGUGCUCAUAUGAGAGAGUGUGGAGGAUGCCCAAUGCAGCGCUUACAGUGACACUUGUUGAGGAGCUGCCCUCUGUCGCCAUCUUGUGGCAUUACUGUGUUCAGACAUCUCUUGAUCUCUUUGACUACUUCACGAAAAUAGUAAUACGCCUCGCCUGUGGCGGAUUUAAAGGCAAGGAGAGGAGCUGAUUGGUGAAAACAGGUCUCGGCUGUGUUAAACCCACUCUCCGCCCUAUCUCCUCCCUCGCUACGACUUACGCUGCUGGGAGGAGAUAGGGAGUUAGGGAGGGGGGAUACUUACGCCGGGCUGCGCGGCUCACAAAAAUACCAAAAUGUGCUUGGACACGCCUUCAGCGCGGCGGAUCUGACUUACGCCGGGCUUGCGGCACGUCUCCGGCGAGGCACAAAAAUAGAGCCCCAACACUUGUUACAGUGUGUGUGUGUGUGUGUGUGUGUGUGUGUGUGUGUGUGUGCGUGUGUGUGUGUUGGGGGGGUGCUGUCAGAACAUCUUUGUCUAAGUGUUAAUCUGCUUUCAUUGUGAUGGUCAUGGUUUAGUUUUUUUAACAGCAAAUCACAUUAACAACAUGUUUCAGAUGAAUGUGCCGUGUAAUGGAGCGCGCCGAGCAGAUGUUUGUUGGAGUUGCUUUACUGUUACACUCUGGCAGUAGGGUGUGUGUGUGUGUGUGUGUGUGUGUGUGUGUGUGUGUGUGUGUGUGUGUGUGUGUGUGUGUGUGUGUGUGUUUAUAAUAAUACUGAGGAAGUAUUCGUAUGCACUGUGACACUGCAUUAAAGGGGACGGCUAUCACAUUGAGUUAGGUCUCAUAAAGCAGUAUAAGGAUUUAGGCCCCAUUCAUACGACAAAACCAAGCACACAAGCCACAUAGAUUUGCAAUAAGAGGACUGAAAAUGUUACAGUGUGCAUGCCUGGGAAGGUAGCUGGCACUUCAUCAUUGAAAGAAAACACAGUCGAAGAUCGUAACCUACCUGUCCGCGAACCUAAACAGAGCGGUGAGUACAGAUAAAUAAGAGGAUGAUGGUUAGCUGCACAGACACGGCUCAAUUGUCUUUCACUGUAUAACAGUUAAUUCUAUUCUAGUGAAUGCAUUUCUGUAAAUACGUCCUCAUUUUAACAAUACAUGUGAUGUCCAUUUACACUAAUUUAGGAGCUGAUGACCAAAGUGUGGGCUGCGCCCCCCUGCAGUAACUAAAAUGUACUGCAGGUCCACGGCAAGAUAUCACACUAAGAAAGUUAAGGGUUUUUGUACAAUUUACUCAACAUACUAUGGGAUUAACUGGCGAAGUUUCUUUUCUUCUAUAUAUAUAUUCUAUAUACACUCACCGGCCACUUUAUUAGGUACACCUGUCCAACUGCUCGUUAACACUUAAUUUCUAAUCAGCCAAUCACAUGGCGGCAACUUAGUGCAUUUAGGCAUGUAGACAUGGUCAAGACAAUCUCCUGCAGUUCAAACCGAGCAUCAGUAUGGGGAAGAAAGGUGAUUUGAGUGACUUUGAACGUGGCAUGGUUGUUGGUGCCAGAAGGGCUGGUCUGAGUAUUUCAGAAACUGCUGAUCUACUGGGAUUUUCACGCACAACCAUCUCUAGGGUUUACAGAGAAUGGUCCGAAAAAGAAAAAAUAUCCAGUGAGCGGCAGUUCUGUGGGCGGAAAUGCCUUGUUGAUGCCAGAGGUCAGAGGAGAAUGGCCAGACUGGUUCGAGAUGAUAGAAAGGCAACAGUGACUCAAAUAACCACCCGUUACAACCAAGGUAGGCAGAAGAGCAUCUCUGAAUGCACAGUACGUCGAACUUUGAGGCAGAUAGGCUACAGCAGCAGAAGACCACGCCGGGUGCCACUCCUUUCAGCUAAGAACAGGAAACUGAGGCUACAAUUUGCACAAGCUCAUCGAAAUUGGACAAUAGAAGAUUGGAAAAACGUUGCCUGGUCUGAUGAGUCUCGAUUUCUGCUGCGACAUUCGGAUGGUAGGGUCAGAAUUUGGCGUCAACAACAUGAAAGCAUGGAUCCAUCCUGCCUUGUAUCAACGGUUCAGGCUGGUGGUGGUGGUGUCAUGGUGUGGGGAAUAUUUUCUUGGCACUCUUUGGGCCCCUUGGUACCAAUUGAGCAUCGUUGCAACGCCACAGCCUACCUGAGUAUUGUUGCUGACCAUGUCCAUCCCUUUAUGACCACAAUGUACCCAACUUCUGAUGGCUACUUUCAGCAGGAAAAUGCGCCAUGUCAUAAAGCUGGAAUCAUCUCAGACUGGUUUCUUGAACAUGACAAUGAGUUCACUGUACUCAAAUGGCCUCCACAGUCACCAGAUCUCAAUCCAAUAGAGCAUCUUUGGGAUGUGGUGGAACGGGAGAUUCGCAUCAUGGAUGUGCAGCCGACAAAUCUGCGGCAACUGUGGGAUGCCAUCAUGUCAAUAUGGACCAAGCUCUCUGAGGAAUGCUUCCAGCACCUUGUUGAAUCUAUGCCACGAAGAAUUGAGGCAGUUCUGAAGGCAAAAGGGGGUCCAACCCGUUACUAGCAUGGUGUACCUAAUAAAGUGGCCGGUGAGUGUAGUUUCUAUAUUGAAAACCAUACCAGGUGCGUUGUUCCAGAAACCAUCCUCAUUUCAGUCUCUGUUAUCUGCAGGGUUAGGGUUACCCCCAAUUUUGAUUGCAUCUGGAAUGGCUGCGAACAGGCCGUAUCCGCCGAUCGCAGCUGAUCAUAACCAUUCAAGUUAAUGUGUCAAUUUCCACCAGCUUCUUUCUGCUCCGCUAUGAAGGCGGACUCCACAGCUGAUCACAAGAGUUUUAUUUUUUCCGGACGCCGGAGCAUUCCGCAUAAAUUCAGCAUAGAUUAGUCUGUGCUGGAAAGGAAUUUGGGCACAGACACAAAAUAAAACAUCCCACUUCUUUUCAAAAUAAAACACUUCGUGCUUAAGGCAGAUCAUAUUUCACACCAUGCAAACUGGCGGGAACGAACAAGUGAAAGGUUUUCAGACGUUGACACCAUGGAUGAGGAGAUGCUGAUUCUGAAGGUCUAGAAGUGGAUUUCCUUCUCUGGAAGGACACAAUCUACUGCUUAUAUGGUUUUGUGCCUGUCUUUAUCGAGACAACUCAUCAUUACAUGAUUGCAAGUGAAUCCGUGGGUUCUUGUGAGUUCUCGCAAUUCCCACUGUCCGUAAUCCGCCCCGAAAUUCGCCUCACCGACGGAUCUGGUAGGAAUUAGCAGAUAGCGAAAAUCGGUGGUUUUUGGUGCUUUUGCAGACAUCCUUGUGUGAACACUCGAGGAACUGCAGAUUUUAGUGCUUCAGUUUCAGUGUCAUCAGCUCAAGACUGGAGGUUGCUGCUUGGUUUGCACAGUUUAUUCAAAGAUGUUGAUGUUUGAAGGUUUCCUUGGAGCUCAGCCUCCCCUCUGAAUAAGAAUUGGCUGUUUGUGUCUGUCUUGAAUAUUUAUACAGUUUUGUACAUGUAACUGAGUGUGUAGUUGUGUAUCUGUUUGUGUUUGAGUUGAGAGUUUGUACCUGCAUUUUUAUGGCUCUGUGUGUGUGUCCAGAGACGGUGAAACAGCUGUUGGAUGAAUUCCUAAAGAGGUGUUCGCCAUGCACUCCAGUGUGUGCAUGUGUGUGCGUGCACAUGCAGGUGUGUGUGUGCAGAUUUACAGCCUGCAGUGAUUUAUAGAACCAUUCACAGUCUGUCAACGAAGCAGCUCUAUUCCCUGAUGCCUGUAAGUCCAUUUAUUUUCCCUAAACACACACACACACACACACACACACACACACACACACACACACACACACACACACACACACACACACACACACACACCUAUUCUGCUUUCAAUUAGUCAUAUGACAUCAUGCACACACACACACACACACAUACACACACACACACCCUCAGAGCUUAUCUUGCCCCAUGCUUUGUGACCUGCAGGCCCUCAAACUCUCCAGAGAAAUGAUGAACUGAGAGAAAAAUCCAGAGCAGGAUGAAUCAAUCCUCUCCUCCACAUGACAGCAGACUCUGUCGUUCCUAAAACAUGAAGUGUCCUGCAGUUUAUUUCAUAACAAUCAACAGUUGUUACAAGUUUGACACCAUGUUAUCCAGAGGAUCUGACGUGAUGAAUGCAAUGAAACCAAUGACACGAAACACGAUGAGACGAUAAAUCCCUGAGGAAACUUUUCUGAAAGUGUUGAUGCAGAUUUGGCUGAAGAGAGGAUCUAAACUGACUGAAUAUUUCCACAGAUUAACAGUAAACAAGGCCAAAAGAAAAGGCCAAACUCUAUUUACAAAGACCCCCAUCUAGUAAGAUCAGAUCCACUAUAAUCCAACCCACUUUGCAGCAUCCAGCAAGUUACAGUGGAGAGGAAGAACUUCCUUUAACAGGCAGAAACCUCAAACUCAGAGUUAAUGGUACAGAUGGAAGGAGGAGGGUGCUCACUGUACCAGAACCCCAGGAGUCUAAACCUGCAGCAGCCGGUCCAGACCUUAACCAAACUCCAGCCUGAACCCAGGCACUUAAACUCAAAUUAAAUUACCUGUGUGGUUAAUGGUCACUUUUCACUGUGUAGUGAUUGAGGGAUCCACGGUACAAGAGUGAAGGAUCCUCGUUGAAGAGUGUGAAGGAUCCUCAGUUUAAGAGUGUGAAGGAUCCUCCGUUAAAGAGUGUGAAGGAUCCUCAGUUUAAGAGUGUGAAGGAUCCUCCGUUAAAGAGUGUGAAGGAUCCUCAGUUUAAGGUUGAAGGAUCAUUGGUUUAAGAGUGAGACUCUCCGUGUUUGCAGGUGAAGAUUUCUGCAGUAAAAUGUGUUUUCAUUCAUCAGUAAUUUCAAACAUUUGUAGGCGUGAUUUCUUUUUCAAAUGUUGGAUCCCAGAUUCUUGGACUGAGACGUUUCCAUUGUUCAGAGACUGCUGUUGUGAAAAUCUGUUUUUGGUUUCUAACGUGGGACUAAAGACAGAUACAGACCUUUUUUUAUUAUAUAUUAUUAAUAAUAAACAUACAGAGACCUUUGUGUAUGUCCUCUCUGGAACAGACUCCCACUCCAUACUGGUUCAAUCAGACGACCUGGUCCAUCAGCUGGUCCCAGUCAGUACUUGACAUGUUUAAACACAUUUCUGUUCCUUAUUUCAGCAAAUUAUCACCACACAUUCCUCCACCCAGGACAAUCACAGCCAGAGGAACUUAAACUAACUUUCACAGUGAAUAUUUACACCUUCAUGUUUCCUCUAUAAUCACCUAAAUUUAGAGCUCAUGACUUUCUGUUGUGUUUUGAUACUAAGAGCAGCAAAAAAAGGUCCUGAAUGUUGUUUUUAUCUGAGAUAUAUUAGAUUUAGUGUUUCCUGAGCAGACACACACUCUGUGAAGGUUGUUGGUCUUUAACCACUGAGGGGUCCUGUCUGCGCUCUGACUGAUUUCCUGUCACAUUUCACAGCACAGCACGUUCCAAUAAAGACAGAAAAGGUAGUAAAACACCCCAAAAUGAGCUCUCUGUGUUCAUGGUCCCACCAGCAGGUUCUGGUUUCUUUACUAUUCUGAUGUAGAGCCUUUUUGUGCCUCACAGACAGACUGAUGACCUGCAGGCGAACUUUUGUUUAGCAACAGUUUUACAAUUAUGCAAUGGAGAAAAAUUAGAGAGGCAGAGCUAAGGAGUGUCAGUUUAAUUAAGAUGAUCGACGCCUGUUUUAGAGAGGGACAAAGAUUCUGAGUCAUAGAAACUUAACGAUGAAAUUUACUGCACAGUUACUCUAUGUAUAUCCAUGAUAAAAUAUUAAAAUCCAUUCAUUAAUUCAAAUGAGACACUUUGGAUAUUCAUCGUGAUCAUGCUCAGGCUGCAAGAUUUGAGAAUUGAACAAAUCUUUACAUCACAAUAAUAUUAGAACUGUGAGUCAGACAUUAAACAUGACGUUAAUGAUAAACCAGCAGCUGAUUUUUCUCACUUUUUAAAAAGUGCAAAACUUGAGAGAACUCUUUUAUAGCUGAGUGUUUGAUUUAAAGUCUGUAUAACUGCAGAAACUUCAUGCACACGUUUGUGAGUCUUAACACCUCUGAGCUUCAGCUGACGGUCACAGCAAGCGGCUCAGUCGGUGUUAUCGUUGUCAUAAAUCUGAGAUAUUUGUGCACGGUGAGGACUAAAUGACCAAGCAGUCCAACUGAGACGCCUUUAUUUACUCUUUAAACAUAUGACCACAAAUUUACUAUAAAACUGUGUGUGAACCGUGUGCAAAUACGGCUCAACAGAGCAUGCAACACAUAAUUAAACUGAUUUACACUUUAAUGAGAAAAAACAGUUUCCAUUCAUUUAAAUCAGCAACAGAAAUUUUGACGAAAGAACAACAUUCCCAUUUUAACACUUUCCUCCAGUUUAAUGUUUGAAUUAGGGCUGGGACUUAACACAUUAAUAGCGAUUAAUUAACUGCAGUAAAAAUAUCUUGUGAAAAGUAUUAACGCAUAUUAAUCACACCUACUGUAUUUUUACACCUCAGAACAUUUCUCACUUGAUGAGUUUCAGGUAUAACGCUUAUACCAGUGCACUCCAAUGUGAGUGAGUGCAACAGUGAUUCCAGUCCCACCCAGCACAUGGAAAAAAGAACAAAGUCGCUGAUGAAUGUGCUUUGAUUGGCUCUGGUGUGGAUGGGCAUUUUUGUUUAAAAAAAAGAUGGAUGGAAAUCUGGAUAAAAAAAUAGUCUUGUGCAAACUAUGCACAAAAGACUUUGCAUAUCACUGCAGCACGUCAAGCCUCCGGUAUCACCUGAAUGCUAAACAUGUUGCAGCUAAUGUGGAAGCUGCCAUUACUCAGACUCCGAUUACAGCAACCCUCACCCAACCCACAUGCGACCAGAUGAGAGGAUUAAGAGCUAAGGUGUUCUUAGGUCAAAUAUUUAUAUACAAUUUAAAAUGCGAUUAAUUGCGAUUAAUUAACUACAAAGCCUCUGAUUAAUUAGAUUUUUUAAAUCAAGUCCCAGCCCUUGUUUGAAUACAUUUUGCGUUUAAAGCUGUUUGCAAAGUGCAUUAACAGAUGGAGCAUAUGCACGAUACUGAGACAAAAAUGCAUCAGAAUUAAAUUAAAGUCUAACUUUACAAGAAAACAUGCAAGUGCUUGUUUUUAAGAAAACAUUUGCAAUGCUGUUGAAGCCAGAAUGAACAUGCAAUGUUCAAGGAAACUUGGAGAUUAGAGAGUUUGAAUAAGUGAGAAAAAUGUUGCACCUAACAGCAACUGCAGCCAAAGCUAGAUAUGUCUUCAAAAGGACAAUUAUUGGCCCGGGAGGUUAAAUCUAUCAUACUGAUCUGCAUUCAUUUAAAAAAGGUAACUCUUAAUUUUUGCACAAAUGUGAAGAGUGAACGUUAUGUCAAGAAAACCAAGUUCUUCCUUGAGCUGUGUCACCCCGCUGUCAUCCGUAAUGGAUUGACCCGAGGACUCGCGACAAACAAGCAGCUGCUGGAGUAGAGUGGGUGAGUUGUGUUUAGUCUCUUUGCUAAAGAAAUCAGGCAAAGUUAAAAUGACGUUUGGUGGCUAGUACUGUGGCUGGGAUCCUAUAUGUACUGUUGAUGAAGUUAGGUUCUGUUUUGAGCACUAUUUGUGGCUAUAGAGUAGCGUUUUGGUUGAGGUUUGUUUAUGGCUCCUUGGACUGCUGUGUAUUGCUAUCAUGCAGUCAUUACUAAAGUUGGUAUAGCUAGAGAAGCAAGCGGUUGGCAACAUUCAUCUCUUAAGGGGGUGUUUAACUUGGUGUUACGGUGUGUUUGACCCUAAAUUAAUUUUAUGCUAGAAUAUCCCUUUAACUUGUUAUUUGGCUGCUUGAAAUAAAAUACAAAUAUAAAACUUUGGCUGUCUGAAAUGAAUCACUCAAUCUCUAACCCCUAACCCCCAUAUGGUUUCACUAUAUAUUUGACUAUAUACUGAACUCAAUCACCGGAGGUUUCGGACACUACAUGGCAAGACGCAAUGCAUGACAGGAGGCCCACCACCGGUGAGUGACCACUGGAUGGUCACUACAUUUUGCAGUGCUUCAUGGGAAAUUUUGAGUCGCCUAUACAGGGCACUGGAAUUGAUUUCUCAGGUUUAGGACACCCCUCAAAAUGGCGUUAAAACUCCCAUGUAGUCACCUAUAUAGGGGUUAGGGAUCCAUUUCAGACACAGCCUUUGUCACCUUCUGUGUCAUGCAUUGAAAGGUUUAGAGUGCAGGGGUAAAAUAAGAGUAAUUAGUGCAGUGAGAUAAUCACAUUAAAAGAGAGCAAAAACUCCCUGAUCCAAAUUCUGCAAAAAAAAAAAAAAAAAAAGAAAAAAGAAACUGCUGAAUGAUACUAUUAUAAUUAUCAAAUUAUCUGAAAAACACAACUUAAAAAAUGUAUAACACACACACACACGUAAGGGUCACACUUGUAAGGUCAGACAGUGAGAGUUCAUCCAGACUGCGUGUGUAUCUAACUUUUUACAGAAAUGACAGAAUAAUAUCAUAUUUAAGAGGAUUUGAAUCUCAGAUUUUAAAGAAAGAGUGAAUUUAGAGGAAUUUACCUCUGUGUCCAACAUCAACAGUCUCCUCUGAGUUAUGUUUAUGUGUAGAAAUGUGAGUUAGUGUAUGUUUGUGUGUUUAUCUUCUCCCAGCAUGCAGUCUGCUCCCCUCUGUAAGCCCUCCAACUUCUCCUCUGUUCACCAAAGAUAGAAGAUAAAGUCCUCCGCUGAAAAUGAAUGUUAGUAAGACUUCAGCGGAUCACGUCCACUUCAGGAGAACAGGUCCACUUUUAGAGCCUCUGAAACUUUUCAGGUUUCUUACCUGCAGAAUCCAGAUCAAAACCACCACGGUGCACCUGAGCAGAGUCUCAGGGCUGCACAUCACAAGUGAUCUGCUUCAUGUCAAAUUAGUGACUGAAUUUGAGGAGGAUUUUCUCCUGAAUCAAGCUCAGUUUGGACCCCCCCCCUCUCUCUCUCUCCCUCUGUGUCAUUUGUCGGGUAAAAAGCUCCCAGCCUCAGGAGGCAGAACAAGAAUUUCCAUUUCACACUCGGGUGGAAGUCCAGAUUGGCUGAGCUCACCCCACAGGGAUGUUCAAUGGCCCACGUUAUGCCAAGUUCUGUCUGUCAUGUGGAAGGAAAAACAAAGCAGAAAGCCUCAGCCAUGUUCAGUCUGGAGCUUUAUGGAUUUACUUAAGCCGCUGAGAUGACUUUUUCUCUGAGAGCGGGUCACACAGAGAGUAAGAGCAAGAUAAAUCAGCGUAUUCCUCUUCCAAGUGGCAUCAUUACAAGUGCAAAAUCCGAUAUAGUGCAGCAAUAAACAAUAUGAGGAAUGAUGUUAUUAUUGAGCAGUACAUUAGGUUAUCAUGACGCCCCCUCAGGCCUGGCAGAAAGUCCUGUUAUCCUGCAGAUUGUCGAGCUUUAACCCUACAGGGAUCCUCGUCUCUGUGCCUUGCUCUAUGCUGUCACAUAUGUGUUCUCAUUUUCAGAUAUCAGUUUUUGGCUCUGUAAAGACACAAAAUCAGAGGCAACAGGACAGAAAUUCACAAAAGAGAGCAAGCAUAUACAGAUGUUUGAGUAAACGAAGAAUAACCUUCACUUUGUGCCAAACUGAAGAGAGGUCAAACAAAUGUGGAGCAACUCAUUACAAUUUAAACUCCAGUAAUGAACAUAACUGACUGACUUCAAUGUCAACGUUCAUCUUUAAUGAUUUCCAGCACACGUUGUCUAACUAAGAGCAGAAGAAAGUUUUGAAAAUGGAAUAAAACUUUGACAUAAAAAGCUACUUUCCUGCACAUGUCUGGCUGCUAACUUUGUGAACAUGAUGUAUUUUUUUCCUGAUUUCCUUUAUGGAAAAGUUUACACAUGAAGGCUGCUUUAUUGUGAACCUCGAAGUGAUGGAGGAGAGAAACAGUGGUGGUAUGUCUUAGGUUAGGAAAUGUGUGUGUUUGUGUGUUUCUAGGUAAAAGGUUAAAUUACUUGAUUUACCCCCCCCCCCCCCACAUCCUUACUCCCUGCAGAGACACUGAGUAUCAAAUACAACACACACACACACACACACACACACACACACACACACACACACACACACACACACAGGUCUCCUCUGUGGUCUGUGUUAUUGCCUUACACGUGGUGUGUGCCUAACUGUGUUAGAAACCUGAGAAUUUAAUAUGUUAUGAUGUUUGAGUAUAAAGACAGUUAAAGAGGCAGGUGGACUGAUGGAGAGUGACACUCAGGAAGAGUUUCCUGCUGUGUUGAUUCUUUGGAGCCUUUUUUUUUUUCGGUCAUAUCUGUCAGGGUUUUAUUUUUCUGCUAUAACCGUGUGGGUUUGCUCUUUCACUGCAUCACUGAAUAGAUGUGGCGACAUUUACUGGGAAAUAAGUUUUUUUUUUAAUAAUAAAAAUAACCACUGCCAAAAACUGCAGUUCCACGAGUGUCCACUAGAGGCUGUCUCACAAAGUGAGUCACUCCCGAUAGAGCCCCAUGUUAAAAUGUCAAACUUUACAGCAGAAAUACACAUGUCUACAGCCUGGUACAGACAAAAAAAAGUGUUGGUUUGCGUGGCUAGUUUCUCUGUUCAUGCUCAUCUCUUAUGAUUUUGAUCACAGACAACAGCCGACUCGUCACUAGGCUGAGGAUCAUUUUAAUCAGUCCUUCUACCACACAGUAAAACAUUCAAACAUACAAAAUAGAAGUGCCGGCUUUUGUGGAUCCUAAAGAGUUGUCACUGUUAAUUUUCAUGUGUUCAUAACCAUACAUAUUUGGGCAUCAUAACAUCUCUUCAGAAACCACUAGGUGACAUCACUGACACUGUGUCUGCCUUUAAUACAGAUUUAAACUCGUUUAUUUUGGCUGCAGCUUCUGUUUGCUGUUGGUCUCAAAAUGGAGGGAAAAGGAGUGUGUGAAUGAGAGCAGAGAAAUUUACUGAGGACUUUUUAAACGCUGCUGCAGCCAUCGAUCCUGAUUGUGAUGAAAGCAUGAAAGAGUGACCGUCAGAGACAAGCCAGAGAGCAGAUCUCAUGAUGUGGUUGACUUGAUCUUUAGAUGAGAAGUUACGCCUAAAUGUGGCUCCUGGAGGUGAAUUCAUGUUUGUAAAAAUAAUAAUAAUAAUAAUAAUGAUAAUAUCUUACAUUUGUAUAGCGCCUUUCAAGAUACCCAAAGCGCUUAACAACACACUACAAAAAACCUAACUAAAUACCAAAAGCCUGAAUAAACAAGUGUCGCUUCAGAGCAGACUUGAAAGAGUCAAGAGACUGUUUACUUGUAGAAACAGUAUUGUUGACGAUGGUAUGGCAGAAGGUCUGAGUGUUUCUGAUAAAUGAUUAUGAGCUGAUGAUUAUCAUGUCUGAUUUGCCAGAGUUGAAUCGGAGAAAGCUGGCUCGUAUUUAUAUUUUUGUUUCAGUGAGGCAGCAGGUCAGUGUGGACCGCGGAUCAGGACUAAAACAAACCAAAAAAAACAAAAGCUUUUCUUGUGUUUUCCUGAUGCUCAGAUAUCUGGUAAAUGAAAUAACACAGGAAAUAAAUAGCAUAUUUUUGAAUGUAAAGAUUAAGAGUGAAUGAAAGGGGACCAAGCACAGAACCCUGUUAAUCAAAGUUGCAGUAGUAUGCAAUGAUGUAAAUAUUCUGGAGUUAAAUAUCCUGACUCCAAUCUUUCACAGUUUUCCCUUGACGAGGAUCUGAAAGUUCUGGUUCAGAAAUAUUUUGAGUAGCUGGAAUAAGCCUGUCAACUUCAUCUUGGCUCACAGAUAAAACAUCUCCAUUUUAGCAUCAGCCUGAAUAGAAAAAAACUGAUUUCCUCUUCCCAAUUAUCCUGAAGAUAUCUCAGUCAGGGUAAGCUUUAAUCCUGGUCAGAGUAUCAGGUUUUGUCUCAUCGACUGUUUCUUCCAGUUUAUUAUUUCUUUCAGUGCUGAGAUUUAAGAAGUUAGUCAGUUAAACAAAGAAGAACAAAAAGAAAAAAACUCACGCUGAGGUGGGAUCAGGAUGAAUGCUAACCAGGUACUUCAGAUGAGACACUUUCAGAGCUAAAGGGCAGGUGUAGAAAUUGAGGGAUUUCUUAGGAUUGAGCUGUCAUGAUAAUAAUGUGUUUCCAAGCUUUAAAUCCUAACAAGCUUCCUCCCAGCAGUUCAGAGGAUUCCCAGUCUGCAGGCCUUUGGGUGUUAUUAAUCAACAUCUGCUCUCAGCAUCUUUUCCUGGUGGUUCUGUUUAAAUUAUCAGAAUCCAAAAUCUUUACCUGCUGGAGCUCGACCCAGAGUCAGAAUAUAAAUCAGUGAUUUGGUUUUUGUCAGUGUUACAGAAAACAGGGAUCAGGGAUUGAGUUUAAAAGAGAAAUGAGUUUAUCCAGACAGAGUUAUCCUUACAGAGCUCAAGUAUUUAUGUGUUUGUCUGAGAGUGCAGCAUGUUUGCAGCUCAGUCUAAGUGGUGUUGACAGCAGGGCUAAUGGAGGGAGACCAAGGAGACUUUGUCUGAUUACAAACCCAGAACUCCUCACCUUCUCUUCCUCCUUGUCUCUGUUUCCUCUCCUUCUUUACAGCCAUCACAUCACAUACACAAAAACAGACCGAGACAGUUUAAGAGAGAGAGGAGGACGACUAAUGAGAAGACCUGUUGUUAUGUCUCUUUAUUAUGUUUCUGUCAACCCAUGAAAGUUCGGCCAUGUUUUCACGGUCAAAGCCUCGUUUUCUAGGAUGUCUCUAAAGGUUGUUGAGUUAAUGCUCGACAGCACUGGAGGCUGGGAUAUAGGACCAGUGAUGUUUGGUUAAAAUGCAUAAUUCAGAUUAGCACUGAUAGAUAACUAAUCCUCUUUCUGCCUCGAUACAGGAGCAUGUGCACCGGCCAAACAGCUGAACACUCUGUUAUUAUUUCUAAUUAAACAAUUGGCUUCACCCUUACGGCCCUCUCCUCUUAUGAGCAUACUUUUAACAUGAGCAUGCAGAAGAAGUGUGCGAGGGAAGAGGAAACGGUGCCUGUUAGAUUUUGGCAAAAUUAUUUGAGACAUUUUCCAGCACAGACGCUGCAGAAAACACAGGAAAAAUGUGACAGCAAAUUUAACGUCUUCAAAAGUUCUCCAAGUGCACCAUGCAGAUCAAAAAUGUAUGAAGUAACCAUGAAAAAAAUAACUUUUGCAUUAUGCAGAAAGAAGCUUUUUGUGGCCAGAAAACUGAACCAGCUGAUGUUCAGAUUCAUGUUUGUUUAAGGUUUUCAUGUUUAGACAUUGAGCCCGUUUUAAACCAGAGAUCAACUCUGAGUUUCGUCUUUCUCUGUUUUACUGUGAAUUUUUGUAUUUUGUUUCAGUGAGUUUUGUGACGAUGAAGUGACUCCACCAGGAUCUGCCACAGCUCCACAGAUCGGAUGCUUGGAUCAAACUGAAUACCAAAGUGAGUCACACACUUGUUUUGGGGGUCAAAGGUCAAAUUCCUCUCUGCUGUAUUUCCUAAUAAUGAGGAUGAGGUUCAGAGUCCAUGCACAGAGAUCUGUUUCAGUCUGAUGAAAGUCUGGAAGUCAGCCCGGGCGACACAAACAUCAGGAAUUUAAGUUUAAUCCACAUCUGGAGGCCAAAGAUUUCUCACUUAUCUGCACACUCAGCUGUUUAUUGAUGAAGAUAAUCACAGGAGGAUUAUCUUUAUCACACACACACACACACACACACACACACACACACACACACACACACACACACACACACACACACACACACACACACACACACACACACACACACACACACACACACAGACACACAUCAGGACUGUCACUGUGUGUGUGAGUGUGUGAGUGAGUGGGCAGAUGGUUUAUAUCUGCUGGAGAAGAGGCUGAUUGUGUACGUGAAGAUCACAGAGUGUGUGUUUGUGUGUGUGGGAGAGCACAGAUGUUUGUGUCUUUAGAGGACUUUAAAAACCAGGCGUGCGCGCACGUGCGUGCGUGUGUGUGAGUGAGUGUGUUGGUGUGUAGAGUCCAGAUGUUUGUGUUUCCUCGUGAAAACAGAGAUGUUCCCAGUGUGUUAAAAGUUUAUGAUAACAGAUUUAAGAGAUGAAGUUUCUUUGGAGUGUGUGAAUCUUUGCUCUGGCUCGAUGGACUCAAACACACAGGAACUCUGAUUUCUGCUCAAAACACAACACACAGCAGGACUGAGAGAUACCGAGAGACGGGGAGAGACUUAGUCCUCUUACAGCUGAAGAUAUGGAUUCUAUUAUAUAUAUUCUAUAGGAGUGAAGGGAAUCUUGAAAAGGGUGUGUAUAUCUGCUGGAAAGAGGCUGUUACAAAUAUGUGAAAAACUUUAUUAAUAAUAGAAAGAAAGACAAAAAAACAGACAGCUUUCACGUCACCACUCAUAUAGAAGGUCUGACAUGUCACCAGUGUGCAAAAAGUAGUGAAUAAAAAAACCAACAACAGUGGUGUGUUCAAAUUAGUUUGUUUUUAGUGAUGCGUUCAAGUGAAUCUAGUACAAAUUUAGCAAUAAAAAAAUCUACUAUGGUCUCUCUCAUUUUUGUCUGGGAUUCAUUUCAAGGUUGACGAGUUCCUCUCAGAUUAUGCAGUAGAGAUGACUGACAGGUGGAGAGUGGUCUGGCUGAAGACCUCCACUGUCAGGACCCACCUCUACUGUGAGGACCCAAGGUGACACUGCUUCUCACGCUCUCCAGUUUGAAGUGGUCAUCCCAUUUGUAUGUUCUCCUUGUUGAACACAUGAAUACACCAAAAAUUAUAUUUACAUUAUAAACAUAAUUUAAAUCCCAAAGAAAUAAAAUAUAUUCACACAAGACUAAAAAUAUGUACUUCCUGGUGUAAUCGCUUUUAAUUUGAAAGGCUUUGAAUGAACUUCUGGUCCUCUCAGUGGAGGUCUGCAGCCAGACUGUCUUGGAUGGGUGAGAGCAGCAGGUGGGCGUAGCUUUUGCCUGUAAGCUGACACGCCGCCAUUGUUCUAAUGCAGAGAUAAUGACUAAUUUGUUAUGAUUUUAAUUCACACACUUGGUGACUUUUUCAAUCAUUCAAAUUUGUCUGAGUGGUUAUUAAAGCAUAUUUUAACAUUUCAAAGUCACUCCUUCUUUAUUUGGUUUAUUUUACGGUUGUGGUUUCAAAAAAUCAACAUCCUAAGGCAGGAUAUAAAAUACUUCAAACUGACUCCAUAAAGUCUUCACUCAGUUUUCAUCACCCUGAUCAUUUCAUCCUCCCCCUCCCCUCUCCCUUCGUCUCUGUCACACUCCUCCUCCUCUCUAAACUAAAUCCAAACAUUUGUUAAGAGCUGAAUGUUGAAAUCUGAUCUCCAGCUCGGUGCUAAUUCACUCAGUUAAAACAACAAUCGAUCAGACGACCUGCAAACAAAACUGGAGAACAUCAUUACACAGAGAGGAUCAUACCACAGAGAUGAGAUCUGACCGCUCACAGAUCUGCACUUCAGGACACUUUGGAUAGAAAACAGCGAGUAAUCAAGCCUGUAAUAACCACAUUAACUCUGUUAGGUUGGAUUUAUUUAUGCUGGUAUAUUAUCCUUCCUUUGUCCUCCCUCUGACUGAAAGCUCCUCCUCCAUUAAAGUCGACCUGUUUGUUAAAUCUGCGGUUUUGUAUUUACAGUUUGAUUCUUUAGAAGUUAAAUAACAUUUUCUGGAAACACUCCAGCUGAACACAGAGAAAAAAAUCCGCUAUUUAAAGUAUCUGAGUUUCUGAGCUGACAGAGUGUUUGGAGGCUGUGUGUCUGUGAAGAAUAGUUGAACACUCAGGGGACAUGAGUCAUCUGUGACCUCUGACCCCCACAGAAUGAACCAAUCAUGUUUGAGCAGGAAAUGAGCCAGAGUUGGUGACUGGUGUGGGAGAAGAUCCAGAACUGCACAAAAAAAAUCCAAUGAAUGAAUGUUGAAGUUCAGAAAAGUUCAUUAAAAGCUUUUUAUUUUAUUUUUUUUUUAUGUUUUUUCUCCUCUGGUGACAACAAGUCGCUUCAAUCCGAAGAUUUAUGACCUCGGGAAGUGAGAGAUUUACUCGUUUCAGCUCUCAAUCAGACAUGUUCAGCAGAUCGAGUUUCUUUGGAAGUUGAACGGAGACUCAGAGAAGUUAUUUUAAUCUCUUCCAGUGAUCACAGAUAAGUGAUACAGGGGCGGGGAAACAAACUAAAAUCAAGAAAAUCAGAUAAAAGGACGAAAACAAAAUGGAGGAGGACAAAGGAAGAGAGAGAGUACGCAGCUUCAGGUUUAGUUUUGGAAAGAGGACCAAAAGUCUGAUGAGUUUCUGGAUCAUCUCUGUGUAAAGAGUUGGAUCGAAAAGAAGUCUGGAGAGUUUUUGAUCUUUCAUCUCCUAAUUUCACAUAUGUCAGCCAGUAUCUCAGAUUAUAAACUCCUGCUUUACUGUGGCGCGGCGUUGCGGUGUUCCUGAAGCCCAGAGCGGUGUAAUAGAGGCCUUCAACUGGUCUGUGUUUAAGGUCCAGGUGUUGCUCGUCUUCCUCUUGAUAAAUAUCCAAAGAUUCUCCAUCAGGUCAAACCCCUUUAAUAACAUGCUCAGUAAACUUGUGGUAGUUUUGGCACUGUAGGCAGGAGCUGAAUCCUGCUAGAAAAGGAAAAAUCAGCCUUUUUAUAAGGCUUGUCAGCAUAUGGAUUAACAGUGUUUAUGGUUUAGAUGCAAAGAAAAACUAAUGUGUAUGUUUGUUCUGCAGAAUUUCUGUAAGUUAUUUCAAACUCAUGUUGUACACAGAUUGAAACUUGAGACACAAGCUGCUCUUGAAUAAAUCUUCUAAUCCUCUAAACACAGUCAAGCAGAAAGUGAGAAUCGGCUCUCUCUUGGAUGAUGUUAAUCAGGAUCUCUCUUACUGUUUGGAGGGUUGGAAAUUGCCUUCAUUUAAAAAGCUGUUAGUCUGAUAGCUCCUGAUUUACCCCGACUGAGUUAGAUGAUCAUUGCUGAGUCCAAACCAAGAAAAAUGGAGAGCUUUAAUAAGACCUAUUAAGGCCGAGCCGAGGGAGAGAGAGAUGACACCACAGUGGAAACACAAACCAUUAGGAGAGAGGGACAUCAGCUCCGCGUAUAUGUGUGUAAGAAUGCUAACUUUCAAGUGUUUGACAUGUGUUUCCUUGUGUGGACAUGUGAGUGUGUUUUUGCCUCCACAGACAAAGUACAGACCCCAGUGAGGGUCUGCCCACUGGGGUCACACACACGCACGCACGCACGCACACACACACACACACACACACACACACACACACACACACACACACACACAGAAAGAGUGGCCCCGACCUCCCAACUCUUCACCACAUGGGACCCCGUAAAUCACUGGCAGGUCAAGGCUAAUUAUUUAAAACCAGAGCUCAACCCAGCUUCACUCUCUCUCUCUCUCUCUCUCUCUCGCUCUCUCUCUCUCUCUCUCUCUCUCUCUCUCUCUCUAAUCGCUGACCAAAUUCUUCUCCUUUACAGGAACAAGUCUCUCUCAAUUUACACAUUCCAGCUCUCUGAUUCGACAUGCUGCACAGACAAACAGACACUUUCUCUCUCUUCAUUUUCAUUUUCUCGCUCUUCAUUUCAUCCCCCUUCUGGUGGCAUUGCUGCAUGAAGAUUUCACUCAUUUCUAGUCAGAAUAAAACAAAAAAGCUGCAGAUUUUCAUUCCAAACACAGACUGAACACCUGCAGCUGACGGUAGCUGAUUGACCACCAGAGGAACCAGCUGGUCCAGAGCUAGCAUCACACAGAAAAUACGAGGAUUUGAUCUGUUUUGAAUGUUUGGUUACAUAAAUACAUGGAUGACACAGAAGUAUUCACCGUGAUAGUUUGGGGAAGUAUGUUUUUUUUUUUUUUUAUGUAUUUCCUCUGUAUUUUUGAUCUUAAUAUAUUUUCCUUACAUUACAGAAGGUUUCAUGAAGCUUACACUGCUGCAAAAGAAUUCACUUAUGCCAUAAACGUGAACUUUAAUCCAUUUAAGUGUGCACAAAUCCACUAAUACAUUAACUUUCACAAACGUGCACACGUAUUUAGAUUUCAAAGGUCUAACUAGAUCAACAAAUGCGCACAAAGAUUCAUGACCGUGUCCCUGAAAUCGCACACUCAGAUUACCAAAUGUGUGUCCAGAUCUGCAUGCAGAGUCACGAAUAUGUGUGCAGAUCCAGAGGUGCAGACUUGUAUUUGCACAUGUCCACUCAGACUGUUACAUGUGGACACAGAGCUGCAAGUAUGUGGACCUAUUUGCAAUCAGGUUUUUCCUUCCAGAGCUUAAAUCACUGACAGGUCAGCCACUUUAACUUUAGCAGGCCUCUUACUUUACUAACACUUAGCUGAGAGCUCUGCAAACACAUUCAUACACUCAUUAACACAUUUCAAUAUUUGUUCCCAAGACUUCAAAGCAUUUAAUCUCAUUUUUGCACUUUGUGUUUUUUUUUCCUGUCACUUAUUAUUCUCUAAACCGUUGUUGUGCUUGGACAGGAUCUUAAAGAGACUCCAGAGGAAAGUUGAUCUCUUUGGAUUUGAGAACAAAUUUGAGCUGUGAAACUCUCACUCAUUCUUUCUGAUAAUCAUAAACAUCCACACACAAAUUCCUCUCCUGCUUUUACUUUGACCUCUUGUAUUCAGACCAGCUGUAUUCACAUGCUUUUAUGCAAUACCAGAGUUUUUCCAGCAUGUUUGGGUGUGCUCUUUUUCAGUUUUAUCCCAUUAUUGUGAGAUUGUGCACAGCUGGACGUCUCAUUGUUGAAUUCAGAGGAUUUUAUUCAUUAUUCUCUCUGAACCAAUCACUCUGCAUCAGUCAGUAAAACAUUCUCAGGAUGUGGUAGGGCUGCUCGAUUAAUCAAUUUUAAACCGUAAUUGAAUUAUUUGAUUAUAAUGUAACACUUUUAUGGCGCCUGCAUGUGUUCGGCAAAAACAACCUUUAUACACAUGCCCUGUACUCCUCUGUCUUUUGUGUACUUCCUGGGCAAAAUUACAGCGCCACUUACUGGCCUGGCAUAUACACUACAUUGUUUUUAAUGGUUUUGAUUUGAAAGAUUUUAGAAAAACAUUUAAUUAUUAAAGUGAAGUUUGGUGAAGUUAUCAGUUAAUAAAAAAUCUAAACUGAAGAUUGAGUUUUCACAGAAAAAAAAGGAUUUUAUUUUCUGAUAAAAUCUUCAAAACGGCCACAUACUCUGUCCUCAUACUCUGUUCGAGUCUGUUGCAUGAGUUUGAGAGGAGUUAAAGCUGAUAAAAUGAGGUUAAAACGUUGGUGGUUUGCUGCUCUCUCAUCCAUAUUUGAGUUUAUCUCACCAACAAGAAGGACUCAUAUCAGACGAUUUCAUCUCUGAGCCACAGAGUUACAAAAACCAGUCCUGGCUGGACGCCACAUUAAGCAGCUGUAACAAACUAUGAUAUGAAUGUAACACAGUCUCAUUACUGAACAAGCAUGAAGUCUAUUUCUGCUGCCACACUCUCCAUCCAUCCUCACCCGUUUGUCUGUUCGUCUGUCAGCUGUGUUACAGUCUCUGUUUGAACAUUUCAAAUCGUUGAUCAGCUGAAGGAGGUCUUAGACUGCAGCUGUCACACGACUGUUUCAAUAUGUGAUAUUAUAUACAGAUUAUCACGUAUUGGUACCCCAUAGCAUCCCCGGUUGAUUUAUGGUCUGACUCUCCAACUGAUGGUUCACAAAGUUUUAUUUAAAGCAGUUCCUUUUAACAUCCAUGAACAGAGAGAACACACUCUAAGAGCUCAAGAAAACAAUAAGAGCAGUAAAAAUACACUUUCUGUAAUGAGAAAAUAGUUUUAGCCCUUUAAAUUAUAUGUUCAAUAACCUCUUUCAAAAUUAUAUUUUUUAUAAACCUUCAAUAACAUUGAUCUUAACCUUCUCAAAUAACAUGGAAUACAUUUUUAGACAUCAUUUCAAUGCAGGCAAAGAGCUUUAUGAUGAAUAAAAUACACAUAGAUUCAAAAUGUGCAUCAGAUAAGGUGCUAUGAACUGAAUGAAUCACGUCUGUGUUAAACAUGACCAUCAUCGUUACUAUAGCAUUUUUGCUAAUGAUCAGCAACACGAAACUCGACCAAAUUUCUCAAAAAUAUUUAAAAGGCACUUCGUAUUAAAGGAAUAUUCCGGUGUAUAAUUAAUUUAGGGUUAAACACACACCGAGUUAGACACCCCCUCAAGAGAUGAAUGUUGCCAACCGCUUGCUUCUUGAGUUAUACCAACUUGACUAACGACUGCAAUACACAGCAGUCUGAGGAGCAAUAAACAAACCUCAACCAAAUCGCCACUCUAUAGCCACAAAUAAUGUUCAGAACAGCGCCUAACUUCAUCAACAGUACAUAUAAGGUCCCAGCCAUAGUACUAGCCACCAAACAUCUUUUUAGCUUUGCCUUACUUUUUAGCAAAGAGACCAAACACAACUCACCCACUCUCUUUCAGCAGCCGCUUAUUUGUAGCAAGACUUUGAUCAGUCCACCAUUGACUGAGGCGGGGUGACGCAGCCUAAGGAAGAACAUUUAUGAUCAUUUAUAAACCUUGUGCCUCUCUCAACCAGGUACUUAAGCAACUUCAAGAGAUUGUUAUUAGCAAUAAUGUGUCUUGGAUUUACACAUCAUUAUUACUGUUAUUACCGGUAAAUUUUCCUUCAAAAUAAAGGCAUUGGGGGGUGCACUUGAGCAUGAGUGAUGAGUAGACGUGUCCUCCACAGCUCCCACAGAAUUUGUUUUAAAAUUUAUACAUUUUGGACCUCGUAACCGCUCAAACCUAGUCGUAAACAUAUGACAGCGCUAGCUAAUGCAGUUACUGCUGUGCAAGCCUCUAUCAACCCAUUUCAGGAGGAGAACCAAGCGUCAAUUGCCUCUCUUUAUUCGAUCCUGAGUGUUUAUGGCCAACGAAUUACUGAGGUAGAGGAUGGUAUGAAUGAGUUCGACAUAAGACUGAGCAGCAUGGAAACCUCUCAAACUUCACUCCCUAAAGAAAACGAAGCCUUGAAGGAGAAGGUAGUGUGCACAUUGUGGGGAUACCAGAAAAUGUGGAGGGCAGACGAUGAUCAGAAUUCAUUACCAAACUACUACUGGAUGUGCUUGGGGAAGACAACUUUGAGAAGCCACCAUCAGUGGACAGAGCCCACAGAAGCUUGGCCCCUAAACCAGUAGAUAGCGAUAAUAGAUCACGGCCAUUCAUUGUCAAGCUACAUCACUUUCAAACUAAAGAGAUGAUCCUACGCCUCGCCAGACAGAAGGGCCCGCUCUCCUACAACAGAUCAAGAUUUCACAUCUGUCUUGAUUACAGCCCGGAUAUCAACAAUCUUUGCGCAGCCUUCUCCGAAACCAAAAAAGAAGCUCCACGCCGCAAAGAUCCAGUUCAUCCUCUACUACCCAGCCACUCUGCAGUUUACACACAAUGGGAGACACAUGAAGUUCACAGACCCCACAACGGCGCUGACCUACGUCAAUAAAAAUGUGUCUGCUGAUGAUGAAAGCUCCGUUUCACAAGUUACAGAAGAUGGUAAUUGAGGUAAUGCUGAUUAUCGGGUCAAAAUACAAAUAACUAAUUAAAAGAGACGGUGACAUCACUACAAAUGGUUAUUCUGUCAAUUUUAAAUGACAGUAUUUUUUAUUUCUGUGGUAUAAUUUUAUUAGUACUGUGUAUGUAGCAAUGGACAUUUUGUGUGAACGUGUGCACACAUCAAAUGUAAUGCUACAAAUGUACACCCUCCUAAAAAUUAUUGUUUAUUAUUAUUAUUUUUUGUUUCUUUUUCUUUUUCUAAUGAUUACCACCAAUCUCAUUACACUGACUUUCAAUGACCUAUAGAUAUCAUAGUUUCAACAGGAUGAAAGGAUAUCGCAUGUCAUUUAAUACAUUGUUUGAGAGGUUGAUUAAUGGUUAAGAAAUGUAUUAACUAUUUGCAGGUAGCGUGCAAAUGCAGUUUUGCAGCAGUUUGAUGUUAUGGGGGGGGGGGGGGGUAGCAGCCUUUUUAAGGCUCGUUUAUGUGUUAAGUGUAGUAGUUAUGAUGUGUUAUUUGUUCUGUAUACAGUCUGUGCACCUACUUGGCUUUUUUAUCAUCUAAUAGGGGUAGAUACUGUUAUCUUUGAUUUGACUGUUUCUAAUGGCACAGGGUAAUUCACAUUUCGUCCAAGGUAAAGAUGGCGUGAAAAUUAUAAGCUGGAAUGUUAAGGGUCUGAAUCAAGCAAGCAAAAGAAAAAGGGUUCUCACUCAUUUGCAGCAACUCGGGGGUUGGUAUUGCCUUUCUACAGGAAACCCACCUUUCAAAUCAAGACCAGUCAAAAAUUCAUAAAGAAUGGGUAGGGCAAAUGUUUCAUUCACAAUUUAACUAUAAAGGUAGAGGAGUAGCUAUACUCAUUCACAAAAAGAUCCCCUUCAGUGUAUCAAACACUAUUUUGGACCCAAAUGAUAGAUAUGUGAUGGUUGAAGGAGAGCUGUUUCAACUUCACCUUGUAUUAGUUAAUAUCUACGGCCCGAACUUUGAUGAUGACCAUUUUUUUUUUAAAAGAUGCUAAACUCCAUCCCUAACCUAGAUAGUCAUCACUCAGUUAUGUCUGGGGAUUACAACCUGGUGAUGGAUUUCACUUGGGAUCGCUCUUUUCAGCCUGUACUAAGACCAUCUAAAUCUGUGCAAACAAUUAAAUCAUUCAUAGAUAUGCAUACACUUAUAGAUCCAUGGAGAUUUAAGCAUCCCACUAAAAGGGAGUAUUCGUAUUACUCUAAUGUACAUACGUUUUUUUCCAGGAUAGAUUUUUUUUUUCGGUUGACCCCUAUUUGCUGAAUGUUAUUACAGACUGUAAAUAUGAUCCAAUAAUUAUCUCUGACCAUGCUCCAGUAAAUAUCAAAGUAACUCUUCCAAUUAAGAGGACAAAACAGACAUGGCAGCUUGAAACACUUAUGUUUGCAGAUUGUUAGGAUGAGUUUCUUUAGCCAGUCAUAUUAGCCUUUAGAGUGUUGGAGCUGUGUCCCUCAAAUACCUCAGAUACUUAGGUGUUAGAUUGCUGGAGCCGGGGGCCUCCGACAACCAUCCCUGACCGAAGAACCCUGUACACAUUAUUUACAUCAUGUAGGUCCCCAAAAUGUGUUUUGCUAUGGUAAUUCCUUCUUGGGACCCUCCACAUAUUCACCUAAGGCUUUUUAAAAUAUGUUGUCCUUUGUUUUAAUGUACAUGGAUUUCUCUUAAGGUCAACUAAAUAUCAACAGUAUGUUUAGAGUUGUGGACCGCUAUAUAUACUUGAGCGGUCUUAGACCACUCUUUGUUACACUUGUGGCAUGAUGGAGCUGUAACCCAGAUCUGCAACCAGUAAAGCUUGUCAAACUGACCAUUCGUGUGGACCUUCCAUUCUUUCAAGUGUGAACCUGGGCUAGGCAUCCUUACACAGACUCAGACAUUAAGUUUAUUACAGAACAGAUAGAUUUUUUUCCACAGGUAAACAGAACUGAGAAUAUGUCAGCCUCAACUCUCUGGGAAACACUCAAAGCAUAUCUCGCUCUGCUCAUAUUAGGAAAAUGAAAUAACAGAAAAUUAAGGCGUUAUCUUCAGAAAUUCAGAAUGGACUCAUAGCAAGCUCUCCGACCCCUGGCUUGAUUAAGAGAAGAGAAGGCAUACAAACUGAAAUAGAUCUCUUAACUACCACUUAGGUAGAGAGGUUUAUCCUCAAAUCCCGUAGCAGAUUCUAUGAAGAGGGGUAUAAACCAUCCAAAUUAUUAGCCAAGCAACUUUGUCAAAAAGCGGUGUCCCAUAAUAUUUUGCAAAUUAUGCUACCUGAUGGCUCCCCAACACAGGAUCAUCAGGCUAUUAACAACCGAUUUAAAGAGUUCUACUCUAAAUUAUAUUCUUCAGACUCAUCAUUGGAUCACAACCAAUUUGACUUAUUUUUUUUCUAAUCUAAAUAUUCCAAAAAUUGACUCUGACUCUAAAGAGAGAUUGGAAGAAAAUCUGACGCUGAUGGAAAUUAACAAUGCUAUAAUGUCUCUUCAGAGUGGAAAGACCUCUGGCCCGGAUGGGUUUCCAACUGAUUUUUAUAAGAAAUUCAAAGAUAAACUUGCCCCUCUUCUUCUUUCAGUUUAUACAGAAGCACUGGAAAAUAACAUUCUUCCAUUAUUAAAAAAGAAUAAGAACCCUCGUGAUUGCUCUUCCUAUCAACCAACUAACUUGACAAACUGUGAUGGUAAAGUAUUCCCAAAGGUCAUUGCACUCCGGCUGGAGACAAUUCUUCCUCAUAUCAUCUUGGAGGACCAGACUGGAUUUGUCCAGGCCAGACAAUUUUAUUUUAACCUGAGACGAUUGUUUAAUAUUAUCUACACUGAAUCUAACACUCCAUCUCCAGAAGCAGUUAUAUCACUUGAUGCCAAAAAGGCUUUUGAUCGGGUAGAGUGGAAUUAUCUUUUUUGUACACAAACCAAACCACACAGGUUUUUUUGGGCCCUAGUUUCAUUCAAUUUAUCAAUCUAAUUUACACUGAUCCUACUGCCUCAGUUUAUGCCAAGGGUAUUUCAUCAGAAUAUUUCCCUCUUCACAGAGGGACGAAACAAGGGGAUCCAAUGAGUCCAUUGCUCUUCAUCUUAGCUAUGGAACCCCUUCUAUAGCUCUCAGAUGCAAUAAUAGUAUACAAGGUAUUACACGUAGUGGCCUAACCCAUACUGUCUUGCUUUAUGCAGCUGAUUUAUUACUAUAUGUCAACAACCCUGUUACAUCCACCACCAAAAUCCUUAGAAUCUUGCAAGAAUUUGUAAAUAUAUCUGGAUAUAAACUUAAUUUUGAUUAAAGUGAAUACUUCCCCAUUAGUAGUAAUGCUAGAGAAUAAUAUAAAAGUCACCAAAUCCUAUUACAGCCUAUUCAAAAGUAACCUCCCUCCUCUGUUAGAACAGUGUAAACAAAGAUGGUCUAUUUUGCCUUUUUCUCUCAUCGGAAGAACAAACUCUGUGAAGAUGAAUAUUGUGCCAAAGUUUUUAGACUUGUUUCAGGCGUUGCCUGUUUUCAUACCGCAAUCUUUUUUUAAGGCAUUUAAUCAAAUGAUAUCUUCCUUUAUAUGGAACAAUAAACCAGCUCGCAUAUGAAGAGAAUUUAUGGAAAGACCAAAAGUUGUUGGUGGACUUUCACUUCCAAAUCUGCAUACGUAUUAUUGGGCUACAAAUCUUAAUGCCAUUUCUCUGUGGUUAAAAGUUCGGAAUGAUAAGAUCCCUGCAUGGCACCAGAUUGAAAAGAUCACAACCAGCCCACACUCACUUCCUGCCUUGCUUUGUGCUCCCCUACCAUCACUAAUUAACAAUAUUAAAGAUAAUAUAAUUAUAACUCAAUCCUUAUGUAUCGUCAACCAGUUCAAAAGAUGUCUGGGUAUUCAGAGUGUUUCUAUUCUUUCUCCAAUAAAACAUAAUCACCUUUUUCAGCCAUCUCUAUUGGACAAUGGUUUCGAAAUUUCAGAUAAUAAGGCUAUUUAUAGUAUUGAAGAUUUAUAUGUAAAUAAUACUUUUGAUAGCUUUGAACAGUUAUCCAGAAAAUUUAAUCCGACCAAUAAUCAUUUUCUGCCAUUUUCCUACCCUUCCCCCUUCUUCCUGUUUGGAUACCCUGUUAAGGCUCAAUAGUUGAACAAAAGCAGAAUAUCAUUUAUUUAUUCCCAUAUCAUGGAUUGCUGCAACCACUCUAUUUCACAUAUUCAAGAACGAUGGGAAAAUGACUUGGGGGCCCAGCUGUCCAACAAGGAUUGGGAUAUGGCUUGUACAAGAGUCCACUCUUCUUUCAUAUGCUCUAGACAUGCUUUAAUACAGUUUAAAGUGUUGCAUAGGUUAUGUGACAGAUGUAAACAAAUCGCAGCUACUUCAUAUGUUCUGGCCUUUCCCAAAACUUGUUCCUUUCUGGUUAUCCUUUUUUGAAGUAAUCUCAAAUGCUUACACUCAUCACAUCUCAUCUUCUCCGCUAGUUGCUGUUUUUGGACUGUUUUCUGAUCCUACAGGAGCUGUUCCCCCUGCUCAUUUACAGAGGGUCAUUGCCUUUUCCUCCUUAUUAGCUAGACGCUUGAUUUUAUUCAAAUGGGAGGCUGCUACUCCUCCAUCUCAUCACCACUGGAUUAGGGAUCCACUGACAGAUUCCGCAAAACCUGGGACCCUCUAAUAGCUUAUGUGAACAAUUUACCUGGUCUGAAACUGGAACUGGGACUGGAACUGGAACUAACCCUAACCCUUAAACAAAUUCCGUAAUAAGAAGUAUUAAGGUGGUCUUUACACGAGUACGAAUUUGUAAAACACCGGUAAAAUAAACUAUCGAUCUGGUGCUAUUGACACACGGAGACGCGUAUUUGUCCAUGACUCCGCAUCUUUUUUGAAAACGGGUCUGCAGGUGAUUAUCUGGGUAUUCGUCCUCAUGCGGUAGUUGGUAUAAAUAGAUAAGUCUGGAAAGACGGUGACCUCAUAGCACCCCUCCUCCUCCCCACCCCCCAAUCCACGUUGUCACACACGCAGCAUGUAUGUAUGUAUGCGCAUGCGCAUUCUCUGUUUUUGGUGCUUUGUGGCAAUUUCACAGUGUCACCUUUAGGCCGAGUGUAUGUACUACAGGAUUUUGCGUGGAUUUUGUGUGGAAUUUGCAUUGUCAUGUAAAUGCACUAAGCCUAUGUACAAUACGAUGUGUAAACAGCGAUAAAUGUUUUGGUGCCGACGCCAAGACAAUACGGGGCUGCCCUCGUGUGAGGAGAGCCUAAGUGCACUGUUUUUUUUUUCUUGUUUGUCUAUUUGUUUGUUUUUGUCCUCUUUUCUCUGUCUCUGUCUAUUGUCAUGACUGUUUUUGUAAGUAUCUGUAAUACAGAGAAUAGGAUUGUUCUAUAUGUUAACUAAAAGUUACAAAUAAAGUUGUUUUUUUUUUAAAUAAAGGCAUCAGUCUCUGUCAUAUCACUUACAGGAAGUAAAAUAAUGACAAAUAAGGAUUACACCUUUAAAAUAAGAUUGACAAUAUCAAUUUAUAAUGUAGGUCAUUUACACACACCCUUAUUUGAAGCUCCAGUAAGGAACUUUAGGUUUUUGUAAAUUGUGGCGCCACCUGUCGACAAAGCAGUCCGUCACAACAGUCUCUGCACCUGUAGGUGUCGCUGUUCGGCUCCUAAAGCAGCCAUGUUUGAAAAGUCAGAGCACUCAUGCUUUCUAGUAAAUCUCAUAAAUCACAGAAAUAUUUCGAGCUUUCAUGAUGGAGCGAUUUAAUAAACAUGAAAAACAUCCAACACUGAAAGCAGCUUCCUGAUGGUAAACUAUGAUAUGAAGCAGUUUUCUCUGAACUCCAGCAGAUGUAUUUUUUUUACCCCGGGGCUCUCCGAUUUCCAGGUUUUUAAAAGAUUUUAAAGUGAAAGGCAGGAAAUGAAAACAUUAAAAUAAUGAUCAUCCUGUUAAAGUAAUGGACACUUUCUCUACUGGGAGAUCUGUGUGCGUGCGUGCGUGUGUGUGCGUGUUUUUUUGAGUGUGUUGGUGAUGAUGUGACCUGGUUCCUCCAUCACUGUGUGUGUUUUCUGCAGUUGCUCGGUGACUCUGUUGGUUUUGGCGUCUGGACCCGAGUGAGUCUGGGUCAGAACUUUAAAACUGGGUUACUCUGAUCCACAAACACUGGCAGCAGGUUUCUGGAGCGGCCUGCAUUUGAAUAUCAGAUUACAACACCUGUGGAAAUUAGGAAACAUGUCGAGAGGAGGAAAAAAUGACCGACAGAAUCAGUAAAACAGGAUAAUUAAGGUGUUUCUUUUUUUAAGGUGUCUCCUCUGGGCUGGAAGCUGGUCAGUAUUUCUGUGUUUCAAAGGCGGUGGUGAGAAAACUGAGUAGAAACGAGAGACAGAAGCUGUGAUGUGAAUUUUCCUCAGUGGAAAGAGUCGAUGUGUAACUGCAUGUGGAAUUUCCCUGGCCUAAUAAGUUCUGUUGUGAAGCAGUGUGCAAGAAAAUCCUUUUAUUAUCAACAUGUUCAGACGAAUCACUGUCAGAAUAAAAUACGAACAAAACUCCAGGCUGUGAUGGGGACAAUAAAAACCUCCAGGAGAAGUUUUAUGACCAAUGUCAUUUACUCAGAUUCAGAUUCAUGACCUCCUCCUCCUCCUCCUCCUCCUCUUCUUCUUCUUCUUCUUCUUCUUCUUCUUCCUGGUGACUCAUGGUUAUUUUCCCAAGUUUCUGCUGUUUACUUAACUUUUUAAAGUUAUUUUUAGAUGUUUGCUGAUGCAGAUAAAGAUGCACAAAGAUUUUCAGCUGACCAGCAAAAAAAAAAAAAAAGUUUUUCCAGCAUUUGAAUGAAAAAAACAGCCUCACAUGGAAAAUACGUCACAUUCAUUUAAGGUGACACAUUUAGGAUCAUAUUUUUUACAGUUCUCCCUUUUAAUGUUCAGAACAAGUGAUGAAAACAGGAAGUGUAAGUAGAGAGAGGGUGAGGUCAGACUGGGGCUGUCAAUCAAAGGACAGUAGCUUCAGUCAUGAGAAAUAGCUGAGCUGAGAUGGCACCACAUUUGAGAGUAUUUAUGAGACAUGGUCACAGUGGGUGUUUGACGAGACACAAGGACAUCCAGAGAGAGGAGAUCAAUAACAGCCAUAAAAACUGAGAUUUUUGUUUAAUUGCAGCUCUGCAAAAUUUUACCCAGAAUCCCCUAAAACAGCUUCAUUCUUACGGAGCUUCAGAUGCUUGAAAAAAAUUAGAGUUUGCUUCAGUUCAGACCUGUAAUUAUGGUACUUGAGAGACAGGUCCUGACUGUGUCUACCCUCUCUAUCCAUUCAUCAUCAAGUUUGAUCUAUGAAGCACAAGUCUGGGUUAGGAAGUGAUUUACACUUUCUAAAGAAGAAGAAAUGAAAUGGAAACAGAAGAAACCAAAAAAACACAAAUUCAAAUACAUGUUAAAAAUAGUAAAACAAACAAACAGUAAAGAAGAGACCACAACACUGGAGGAGGUUCUUCAUCAGCCUCAGCAAGUCCACCCUAGCAACGCUUCCCAUUUACCAGCAAAAUCUGGGCCUACCCUGAGACCUUCUCCCCACUGGCUGAGUCCAGAACCCCUCCAAAGGACAGGGGCAUCCUUAUCAAGUACCCGAACCUCCUCAGCUUAGUCCUUUUGAUGUGAAGGAGCAGUUCUUUUCUAAGCUCCCUCUGAAUGGUCACUACCUGCAGAUCAUGACCACAGGUGAGGGCAGGAACGUAGACAGACCGGUAAUUCAAACGCUUUGCCUCCGAGCUCAGCUGUCUCUUCACCACGAUGGUCCAGUGUAACACUGGCAGUACUGCUGAUGCUGCAACGACCCACCUGUCAAUCACUCAUAAACAAGAGGAAAGACUCUGUACAACCUUUUCCAGCUAAAAGCCACAGCCUCAGGUGUUGAUUCUUACCCCAGCUGCUUCACACUCAGCUGCAAACCCCUCCCCAGUUCCUGCACCAGGUCCCAGUCUGAAGAAGCAAACAGAAUCACAUUGUCUGCAAAGAGCAGGAGUGGAAUUCUGAGACUCCCAAACUGUAGACCAUCCUCCACCUGUGUGCAUGUUUCUUUGAAUUAAAAAAAAAUAGCAGAAUUCAAUAUUAAGUAUAACUCUGUCUGCACCACCCUGACAUUGAAUAACCAUCAGUGUACCAUCUGAGGUGCUGCGGCUCCAAACCCUGUAUAAACACAGGAACUCCUCCUCACGUGUAAACCAGCCUGUGAACAUAUCUUUGUCUGUUUUUAGGACGUGCCUUUUAUAAUUUAUCCCACAGAUGUUGUUCAGUUUCCUGUUUGGAUGCCUCAGCGUUAGGGUGGUCCGGCUGAUUUAAGAGUUUGUUUGUGAGCGUGUGGAGUAAAAGGGGAAAUUCUGGACGGUAAAAACAGCAGAUCACGUGAAAAACAAGGCCAAUCAUAUACCAAUGACCAAAAAAAAAACAACAAACACUUUUUUAUAUUGGUGCAACUUUGUACUCAGCUGUUCCUAACCGUGCAGUUGGAUCCAAACAGUAAAAAUGAUUGUUUCAUUUCUGCAGGAUGUCGGUGAAGCUGCGAUUCGACUCUCCGUCAGAUGGAGGUUUGAUCCACAGGAGUCGCUCCUUCACUGGGUUCAGUUCUCUAACUGGUCGCAGACGGUGAGUGAAAACCUCCAAAACAGCCAAUGGGGAGGCAGAACACAAACACCAACUUGUUUUUUUUUUUUUUUAUCAUUUCAAUCCUGGAGUUUAACACUGAUCAUUAGGACAGAACCAAGCAAAGAGUGGUGCUCACAGGACUCAAAGAUUCAUACAGAUUAGAACAUUUAUAACUCUGUACACAAACCAAAGAUGUGGUGAUUCAUUUUCUAGAGGACAGCUAAAUUUACGCUGAUUACUACAAGAAUAAAUGACUGCCAGAAGAAAAUCAGAAAAUUCAGCUCAGUGGAAUUUAAAUAACGACGAAAUUCCAAAAAGAGCAGGAGCCAAGACUAACCUCUAAUUUAAUCUUUUCAAAGAGAUAAAGUAAAAGCUGUUACUGUACUUUGAUAUUUAUGUACUUUAUUUUUAACUUUCCUACACUAUGUGGAGGGAAACCCCUCCAUCCUCAAGUGGGCCUGUUUUUGAUUAUUGGGUAGACAGUAAACGCACCACAGAAUUUUAUUUCUAAAUAAGGGAAUAGAGAAAAACAAAGAGAUGAUGACUGAGAGAGAGAGAGAGAGAAAGAGAGAGAUGACAAUCCUUUCUUUUUUUGUUACGCAGACUCUCUUUUCAUUCCUGAGGAUCUCCUCCGUGUGGUCUCCCGCCAUCACUCAUGUCAGCGUUUUGAUAGUUACAGAAACACAAUACAACCAGGCUGUAAACAUGACAUCAACACACCGCACACAGAAAAUAUCAUGCACAAUAAAACAAGAUGAGUCGCUGCCUUGUUUAGUUGUUUACAAAACAGCUGAUAAAACUCUGAACGUACGAGUUAAAGGACACUAUUGUGCAGUAAAAACCUCAAAGUUGAUGUCACAGCAUCUUCCUCUUUUUUCAGGUCGUCUUCUGUCCGCAGCUCCAUCCACUCAAAGUCCAUCACAGGAGCCAAAUCCCCCAGAAUGCACCUGUCUCCAAGCAGAGGGGGUGGGGCUAUUUUGUCUCUGCAGCCGGAUCAGGUGGACAUGAUUUUCCAGGCGCUACGCAAAGGACUCAAGUAAGUCAACCUCACAUGAACCUUGAAAUAAACCCUACAACCAAGGUGAUGAGGAUUUGUGGUGGCAGCAAGAUCUCAUUUAGCUACUUGACCUCUUACAAAACCAACUUAAGUGUAAAACCAACAAGCAGGAGGCCUAAAGCACAAAGUUAGAACUCUGCACAAGAAAAAAUCUUGUUUACUUCUCCUGUCGUGGUCUUGUUUACCACCUGCUUCCUCAAAUGUUUGGUGUGGAAACUUUGGAGCAUGUGCUUAAUGUUUGGGCUGGUCUGGGUCUGAUAAAGAUCGAAACAUGUGAAAGAAAACUGUUGCCAUGACAACAUGUUCUCACCAGGCAGAGAGCUAGCCAAUCAGAAAAGAGUAGGCUUGUCGGAAGGGGGUUCUUGAAGAGACAGUACCUGAAACUUUUUUUUUUAACUACAAAUUUUUCAGGAAGUGAAAAUUGAGAACUUUUAAAAAUAAAUCCCAAAAUUUAUGUGAACAUGUGACUGUUUUCAGAGAGUUCCUGGAAGGUCAUCAGUCUGAGAUGGACUUCCUGUCGUCACAGCAGAGAGAGACGAAGAGGAACUCCAGACUGGUGAGACAAGAAAGAGAAGAGGAAACUGAAAAUACUUAAUCGUUUUUAGACAACUGAGAUGGAAAUUAAAAUGCUCAUGUUUGAUUUUUCUGUUUCAGGCCUUUCUGUACGAUCUGGAGAAGGUAAUACCUGCACCAGAGCACCAAAUUCUCCUUACUCUGCAAACUUUAACCAAACUACAACAAACCAAAUAUGUUUUGAUAUUUUUUGUCGGGUUUGAAUCAGAGCUCAUAUGUGCAUAUGUGUUGUUUCUUUAUGUCAACAUCUUUCUGACGCCUAUUGCUUUGGAGAAAUUAAAUUGUAAUAUUGCAUCAUGAACUCAUAAAACUGUCAUUUUUGUCUUUCACAGGAGAUCAGAGCGUUGGAGAGAUACAUACGAAGAUUAGAAUUUCAGAUUAGUAAAGUAAAGUGUUUUUAUUUUCUUAUUUAUUGUGUUGUUGUGAAAUAAAACAAACACAGAUCAUUACCUCUUAUCGCUGAAAUGCUUCUGUUUUUGUUUGUGUCCGUUGUGAAGGUGGAGGAGCUGUACGAGACGUACUGCAUUCAGUGGAGGUUGUGUCAGGGAGCGGUGAACAUGAAGAGAGCUUUCUCUCUGUCCCCGUCAACCCAAGCGUCCAGAGACAGUCUGCUGGAGCUCAACCGCAACCACAGGCACAGUCUGCAGGUACGAGACCAUCAUUAAGCAACAACAGAGACUCAAAUAAUGCUCUGACUUGACCCACAGACACGACAGACUACACGGCAGGACAUGACCAAUCACCAGGCGUGUCUUUUACACUGUAAGAGGAUCCAGAGCAAACGUUUUUAACUUUUGAUAAAGUAGAGGGACAUUCAGGGGGCACUUUUAGCACUAUUUGACAUGGAAAAAUCAUCUAAAGAUGAGUGUUAUUUACUGACAGGUCCUUCCUUGUGUUCUUUUACAGCAUGUUUGUGUGGAAGGACAUUUAGAGGGCAUUUUCUUUAUAUUUUCAGACUCAGAUAGAGGGACUUUUUUAUGUUUUAUAUACUGAAACAGCAUCUGAAGGAAACCUUUUUUUGCAAUUGGAAGGACAUCCAGUAGUCACUCUGUCAUGUUUAUCCUUUAGGACAGCAGCAACUGAAGCUGUUUUUAAGCAUAUUGGAUUGAACAGGCAUCCAAGUAUCAAAACGGGGCACUUUUGCAUUGUUUAUUCUGAUGUCAUUGGGUCCAGUCUUACUUGCACCUCCACCAGCUUACUUUAACUUCUACAGGAUCCUCCCUAAACCUCAGAAAAGUGUCUAACAGACUCCAAAAGCAGGCCUUCAUUUGUUUCUUUCAAACAUUCACAGUCCACAGUUUGUAUUAUCACAUUUUUGACUGUGUGUGUGGUCCUGCAGACUCGCACAGGAGCUGCUGUUGCAGACAGAGGUCGGCACCUCUGUCCUUUAAAAGACUGGUCCUGUUUGGUCGUUAAACUUGAUGAACACGAGACAAAGUGAAGCCUGUGUGCAGGUUUUUCUUCUGUUUGUCAGAGUGAUAGAAAGAUUUUAGAGUGUUUUUUCAGGGGGAGACAAAAUGCAAAAGAGGGGCUGAAAAUGAAACAGAAAAGAGACAUUAAAGUGCUGCCAGUGUUGUCGAGUGUGCGAUGAACAGAUGGAAGAAUGAACGAGUUGUCAGUCAUCUUUUAAUGGCCCUCAUCCUGUGGCUGCAAACAUUACUGCAGACCCAUCACACACACUUAUUUGGGUUGGCAGCAGAGAGAGCAGGACCUCUGCAGUGUGGUGAUGAUGGAUAAAUGUUACCCCUGUUUUGGUCCGGCUGUGUUUGAAUUACAGCCCCGGUUCUGGCCCUCUGUGAUACAUCUGAUCUCAGGAAUCUGUCUUUGUGGACUCAAAACAGCUUAAUUUUUCAGCAUCACUCAAAUGCAAAGUCUGAUUAAGGAUCUUUGCUCUCUAAUCACCUCUCUGAAACCCUCUGUGCAAACAUUUUGGUUCUAAAAAAGCUUCAAUAAAAGUUAAAUCACCCUCAGCCUCGUUUUCACAUGAUGAAACUGUGGACCACUCCUGCACAGUCUGGUGCACAGAUGCUACAGGAAAACACAGCUGAGGGAGUUUACUGACAGCUUAACAACAUGUUGUUUUCUUUUGACUCAUGAGAACAGCAAAUGAAGAGCAGGGCUUUAAAAUCCAGAAAAAAAAUCUGUUUACUUUAUCCUGAAAUUAUGGAAAAAUGAAGCUGAGGUUCAACUCUGACUUUUGGUGAUGCAUCAUGCAGUCGGUGAUUACAUGUUUGACCCCUGGUCUGCUGAUCACCAGUGAUGAAGGAGUUUCACCAAAAAUACAUGUAACAGCAGAUCAGCUGUAGACAGAAAAAAAAAAAAUUCAUCGUCUAGCUACAGCACCAUGAUAUAAAAUAUGGUAUUGAGUCUGCAGGUUUUAAACGACGGCUGCACAGACCUGAAAUAACCUCACUCUGAGCUUAGACUUUCCACUAACACAUCAUUAUGUUUUCACCAGCUUUGUCUACUAUUAACGCUAAUUCAAUCAAGCUGCAUGGAGUUUGUGCACAACAACAAACACAAUGUAAAUGAUUCAAACGAUCAAAAAUGCACAAAAGAGCUGCAAGACGGUGUGAAAUAAAAACAGAUUAUGAGGUUUUGCGAGUUAUUUAAUAGUAAUAAUAAUAAUCACAUUUAAAAAAUUAAAAUGGUACACCUUUUUGUUGUAAACUGAAACUCCAAAACAUCUCUUACCCUUCAGCCAUCAGCAGACAGAAAACUGACAGAGAGAAGAUGACUGUCCAAAACAAAACAAUAAAAAUAAUCUGAUCAUUUUAAACAUGAACCCCGACCAGCUCCAGUUCCUUUUUCCUGAUCACGACAGUGACCUGUGACCUCUCUGUGGACAGGAAAAUAGGUUAAAAAGUGUCUCCGUGCUGAAGAUUUAUCGACUUUUUCUUAAUAUCCACUCUUACCCAACGUUUUCUCUCUACAGGACAUGUCAGCGAUGGAGGGAGAGUUAGAGGUCCUCCUUGGAGAGCUACACAUCAAAAUGAAGGGUAUACACACACACACACACGCACGCAGCAGCAGAAGUUUAUGAGCAUGUUAUCAGCUUCACGCUAACUCCCCAGUCUUAAACACGUUUUCUCUCUCAGGUCUGAUCGGCUUCGCUCGGCUCUGCCCCGGGGACCAAUACGAGGUGAGACUGACAAUGAAUGUUCAAGAGGGAGAAACGCUGACAACAUUUGUCUUGAAUUCAUCACUUUAUUCCACAUUCAUGGUCUUAUAUGAACCAUGAUUACUGUCACUUCUAUAUGUUCGAUUUGAUUUUAAAGCUGCUCCAAAACACCAACACAAGUUUUUGAUUGGGACUUUAAAUCUGAAAUCAGCUGUUAGAAAAGAGUCUUUGGACAUUUGUUUUGAGUACUCUCUUUUUGAUGUCACAUGAUCAGGUGGUGGUGCGUCUGGGUCGUCAGCGAUGGAGGAUCAGAGGGAGGAUCGAAUCAGACGACACACAGUCCUGGGAUGAAGAGGAGAUGGUCUUCCUCCUUCACAUACACCACAACUUUGAGAUCAAGGUAACAAACUCAUCUUUAAAAGAAUUAUACACACACACAAGAGCAUAACCCACUCCCUGUGGUGUCCCACAAGGCUCCAUCCUGGGACCCAUUAACCUUUCCAUUUAUGAGCUUUUAUCAUAGUGUUUGCUGAUGAGCAGUCGGGUGGUCCCUCUUUUCUUAAUGUCAGUUUUUGACUAAUCCGACCAACCAUCUUACACCUUACCUCCAUCCAUCUUUAACAAGCUCAGGUCCAGAAAAGUCACCAGCAUCUUCAGAUCAUGUAGUUUCUUCUUGGCAUGUUAAAGUUGUGAUUUUCAUUUAUAACACAGGAAUAAACUGAGCUCACAGACAGUGGUUUUUGUCGUGAUUCUGAGCUCAUGUGGGGAUUUCCACUACAGAGUCAUGUCUCUUUUUAAUGCAAUGUUAAAUGAAAACCUAAAGAUCAAUCAAAACUGAACAAACUGCCUUACUGUGCCUGUCUUGUUGCUGGUAUCUUUCAGGUGGCAGAGGCGAAGGGUUUGGGUUGGCUGCUGGUUGGCAUGGUAACGUGUGCAAGCGCUGACUUCUUCGUGGCAAGGCCGCAGCUGAUGCUGGUGGACAUCACAGAGCUAGGAACCAUCAAACUGCAACUGGAGGUCACCUGGAAGUACGGGAACACAAAAACACGUACAUGCGUCUAUAAAAGCAUCUGUGCACUUGUUCUGAUGUAAAAAUAACAGACGAGGUGGCAACGAAGAUCGCCAUGUAAGAUUAAGAGAAUCUUGGCACAGACAGGAGUGAAAUCAGUGAUAUAACCUGAAAAAAACAAGAGAACAGUGGGGCGAUCUGAUGAGGAAGAGGGUGAGGAAAGAUCAGGAAAUUAAAUCUGUACCAUCAAAUCUGAGACGCUGUCCUCUGACCUUUAGUUCUGACCUCUCACUCUAACCUGCCCUUGUGUCGUCCAGUGAUGAUUCACAUGAAUACUAUGAACAGCUGUUUCACAAUCAUGCCACAUACUCUCUUCUUGUAUGAAAGGAUGAAGGAUGAGGAGAUGACAGAGUGAACGAUGACUAUGUGGAGAAGGGAUGAAUUAGGGAUUACGGCUGAUUUUCCCCUGCUUGUCUUCGCUCCUGUCAAUCCUUUAACCUGUCUGACGUCCGUACAGUGAAGAUCUUUUUACAAGGGAAACAUUUUUGAAACCAGAAACUCAUGUUCUGUCUAAAGACACCAAACUACUUAAAAAAAAGCAAAGUAUAUUCUAAAAAACAAAAUGUUUUUGUUUAUAACCAAUUUUUCGUAAAAAUGUCUCAUCAGGCUGAAUUUAUAUCUGAUGUCAUAUUUCAAGAAAUAAAAACAUAAAUUACUGAUAAAGAGAUGAAAAAUAAAUAUGACACCAGGAUGGGACAAUUCAUUUCGAAAAGACAUUUUCUUCUAUCCAGGAUCUUCACUUGUUUGCUUUCUUUUUGAUUUGUUUUUAGAUUUUUGCUUCUUUCUUUUUCUUUCUGUUCUUCUUUCAUUCUUUUUGAUUUUAUUUUUCUCCUUUUCAUUAUUUUAUUAUUUUAUUUAAAAAAAAAUUCAUAUUUCCUUUUUCCUAAUUUCUCUUAUUUCCUUUCUUUCAAAUUCUUUUAUCUAAUUUUCUUCUCAUUAUUUCUUUCUUUCUGUUUUCUAGAUUCUCUCUUUCUUUUUUACUUUUUUAAAAUAUUUUUCUUUAUUUAUUUUUUCCUCUAUUUUCUGUAUUUCCAUUUUCUUCCACAUUUCUGUAUUUAAUUUUUCUUUUCUUUUUCAUUAUUCCUUCCUUUCUGUUUUCUAAAUUCUCUUCCUUCUUUUUUACAUUUUUCUUUCUUUUGUCCUCUAUCCUUUGUUACUUUUUUGUCUUACAUUCCUUUAUUCAGUUUUUCUUUUCUUUAUUCCUCUUUUGUCUUUUUCCCUCCUUUUCCCCGUUCUUUUUCUUUCUGCUCCAUUUUCCUUACUCAUUUUACAUUUUUUAACCUUUUUUCUGAUUUUUUUAAAUUAUUAUUCUGUCUUUGUUUCGGACAAACUUAAAGCUCUUGUGAGGAACUUUUGGUCUUUGUCAGUUUUGGCACCCCACUGUCGACAAAAGAGGUCUAAAAACAAAUCCCAUCCUGCUGAUUGUUGACAGUCAAAUGUCUCUUUCAGUGUGAAUAUUUUAGUUGUGAAUUGCAAGACGGGACUGUGUCUAUACAGCUUAGACUUACUGCACACCUGGUUUUAGACAAUAAGAAUAAGGACAUUCAAAUCUUCAGUCUGGUUAAUUAUAAUUUAGUUUCCUCAAUAAACUAAGUUAUUUUUCAAACAACAUGUAAACAUAUUUGAUCAUGUUCAAUCAUUUGAGAUUCUGGUCCAGCUGUCCUGCAGUUUUUGUUGUUGUUGUUUCUCUGCUCCUCUGAACCUGUAACCCGAGCCAGCUGUCCCUGAGCGGCUCACUGAACACAGUGGUUGUAACGCACACUAGACACACAUGCUCACACACACACAUAGUCUGUGUUGCGUCCCUGUACCAUGACGAAUCACAUUUCAAGGUUUACAGAAGACAGGUGGAGGAGGUUUCAUGGGUUCUCAGAAACACGUUUGUACAAUCCUGCCGGAAUCUCCCGCUAACACAGCAAAACAACAAAAACACUCAUGUUUACAGUUUGUGAUUGCUGAUGAUAAACUUUAUAAUUCAUAUACUGAAAUAUAAUCCUCUUCGGUGAAUCUGUGGAUAAAGAUACACUGAAAAAAGUGACUUUUUGAUGCAGUAAACUCUAUUAGAGUAACUGUCAUAAUUUCUACCAUGUAUUUUUACUCUCAAAGUGUAGUGUUUUGAAACAACAGGGCUGGCUCUGCUCCGAGUCCAGACAUUACAGGAUCACAGAGCAAGGUAGGAGGCGGCAAUAGCAGUAGCUUAGGAGGUAGAAGUUUGUCCAAUAACUGGAAGGUUGGCGGUUUGAUCCCCCCCUACCCCUAGUCUGUCUGUUGUGUCCUUGGGCAAGACACUUAGCCCACCUUGCUGCCAGUGUGUGUCCUCCACUGGUGUAUGAUUGUGAAUGAUGUUUGGUGGUGGUCGGAGAGGCCAUGGGCGCGGGUUGGCAGCCACGUUUCCAUCAGUCUGCCCCAGGGCAGCUGUGACUACUAAGGUAGUUUACCACCACCAAGGUGUGACUGUGUGAGCGAAUGAACGAUGUAUCCAAUGUAAAGCGCUUUGAGGGUCUCCGAUAAAGCGCUAUAUGAAAUCCGAUCAACCAAGUAAAUAAAAAUGUCAAGCACAAGAAAAGAAUUUAUAUCUACUUAAUUACUUCAUAACAGCAAAUACUACAGAUAUAUGAAAUGAACUUAAAAUUUUGAGUAAAAUUAGGUUCCUGCCUAUGAACCUCAAGUAGACAUUACUUAAUUUGUUUAAAUAAAUAUAACUUAAAACUUGGAUGUAAUUUAGUAAAUGUUCCUUCAUAUCUUCACACAGUUAUGUUUUAUGGAAAGUAAAAUUUACUUGAUACUGGCAAGUGAAUGUUACUUGAUAUUGCAGCAUUAAAUUUUACUUAAAGCUGUGUUUGUUAUUGAUCAGCUGUAAUGAAGUGUGUGUUUGUGCUCCUGCAGCCCGUUCGACAGCUCUGAGAAGAUAAGGCCGCUGUCCGUCAGCAGACAGUCGGUGUCCAGCAGAAAGAGUUCAGUCUACAGCUGGACGGCCCCGAGCACGCCGUCCUUUACCGAGAAAUACUUCAUUGUGAGUUCAAAAUGACUAACGCACAACUAUUACACGUUUCUGACACUGAAAACACUGAGUACAGUGAGGCAACAGGUACAAAAAGGAGCAAAUAUGAACUCGACUCUUAUUGGUUAUUUUUUAACAGUCGAUGGUGCGAGAGCUGCGAGAUCGAGAUGGCUCCCUCCCGUCUCUUUUGCCAAACAGUCGACACAACAGAGGGGGCGUGUCUCUAAUCAGCUACCUGUCCAACCCUUCACACACCUCAGUCACCCCUAACCACAGCUCCCAGAGCCCCUACACCCUCAGGUGAGCAGCAGAGAGGUCAGGAGUGAAGGCUCACACAGGUGACGCUCAGAGUCAAUGAACAAAUCUGAUGUUUUUCCUCCACAGUCUAACUCGGGCUCACAGCUUCCCCUUCAGCCACAGUCAGGGCACCAGUCUGGGGGGAAGUCACACCCACCUCUCUCUGGGGGAGGAGGGGUCUCUGGAGGUCUCUGUGGAAGAGGAGGAAGAGGAGGAGGAGAGGAAGAGGAGGAAAGAGAGGGAAGGAGGAGAGGACGAGUGGAUGAGUGUGAUAGAUACUUUCCAGACCCCUGCAGAGACUAAAACAGGAUCUCUGCUCGGACUGCACCUGUGAGUAACAUCGUCCAAACUCUCACUUCUUCAUCUGAGAGAGGAAACCCCUUAAUUCAGUAACAGCACCUCAAACAUGUUUCACAUAUGUGUGCAGGUCCAGCACUCCUGACAUCCUCAGGAAGAACACGACAGAACCAGAACCAGAGAACCACAGCACAGCUCUGAGACCGGACUCUGUCUCUGCACAGGUGAAAAACACAAAGCUGUAGGAUUCACUUGCUGUAGAGUAAGGACCUGGAGGUCUGAACAUUUAUCUGAGGCCAGGUUCAGGUUCCAGGUUCAGUUCUUUUAAUAAAUCUGGUGUUUUUAUGACGUAGUUUUUUUCAUCUUAAGAAGAUUUUCAAAUGACAAAUUUAAAGUAAUACUCUACAUUUAUUCCAGGACCCUCCAGACUCUCAGUCACACCCUCCCUCACCCUCACCUCCAGCUGUGACCCCUCCCUCAACUACACCUGAAGCUACAAUCGCAGGGAGGGCGGGGCCAAGUGGGGCCCAGCGUCGAGCUGUGGCCCUCAGACUGGGGCUCCUGAUCUCAGAGCUCGAAAAAACAUCACAGAACCAGAACAGUUCUGAGAAAGAGCUGAGAACACUGGACCACCAAAUACUGCAACUCACUACUAUACUGAAGGUUAUAUAUAUACUAAUACACACUUGGUUACUAAACUGAAGGCAAUCUAUGUUCUAUUACACACCUGGCUACUAUACUUAAGGUAAUACAUAUACUAAUACACACCUGGCUACAACACUGAAGGUAAUACAUGUACUAAUACACACCUGGCUACUACACUGAAGGUUAUACAUGUACUAAUACACACCUGGCUACUACACCAGAGGUUUUGAGCAUUAGCAUAUGUUAACUAUUCUUUUUGUAGUGGGUUUUAUUAGGAUCACACUACUAUUGUUAUCAAACUUUAAGGUUCAGGUGUAUUUCUGAACAGAAUGACCUCUCCCUGCUGAAGAGUUCCUCCUCAGAGGAGACACUUGCUGUGGAGGAAGUCCUGGGCAGCUUUGACUUCCUGUCACGUGACUUCAACGCUGACGAUGACACUUCCUGUUUGGGCAGCCUGCGGCUCAAAGACAGCGGGUGAGUUUACAGAAGAACAGAGAAGAAGAAAAACACUGACUCUGACAUGAAGUAACUCCUCUUCAUCUUCAUCUCAGCAUCAGCUCCUUCCAGCAGAGCACUCUGAAGAGCCUUGGCAUCCUCUCCACCAACAGCCAAUCAGCUUCUGAGGAGGAGCUGGUCAUCGCCCCACUGACUUCUGGGAAUUGGGGUCUGGACCAGGCUAUGGAGACUCACCUGGAUAUGUGCUGCAUGCUGCUGCAGGUGCAGAAUGUCCCAACAAACCCUUGAGAAAGUUGUGUACUGAGGCCAUCUCCAUCCUCAGUCUCACUCGUUAAAGUCUAACAGACACUUGUGAUGUUUCCUCAGAUGUUCAAAUUGACAGACUUCGCCGCAUCCAGGCAUGAGCUGCUGGAGGAGAUGAGUCUGCAGGCUGAAGUCUUGGAGAGAGUGAGCUGUCUGCUGCUGGAGAAGAACGACACCAUCUCUGCUAAAGACAGUCAGUAAAGACCUCUGUGUUUCUUUCUCCAAAACGGUGUCAGUCUAAUGUUUGAUGAUGGAAAGUGUUUGAUUUGAACAUCAGGAAGGAGCUCAUACUUGCAGUGAAUAAAAGCAGGUUUUCUUCUUGUCUGCAGUCCUGCCGAAGCCUCAGAGAACGAGGGAUGUUCUGUCGUUCUGGGACGAGUGUGUAAGCGACAGCAGCUCUCCUUUUUGCUGCAGCUCCGACACUUUCUGCAGGACGCUGAGGAAACGAUACACUCACAAGGUGAAAGCCAAACAGCCGGGGCAGUCAGAAAAAGGUAAGAGCUGUGUGUGUGUGUGUGUGUGUGUGUGUGUGUUUCAUUACAGGUCAACCAGGAAAUGGCCCUGAUGUCUCAAGCUCAAAGAGGGCUUUGCAUAGGAGGACUUAUUCUGGUCAAUGAAUUGAUUCUUGCCUGAUGCUUGUAAACUGCGAGGAGGACAGUAGUCCAGUAAAAUCACCUACUCAAGCUUUAACUGCAGCUUGACUUCACUGUGCAUGUAAACAGACUGACUAAGAGAAAGACUUGUGUUACUCUCGAAUGGAUAUCAACAUCCCUCCCUCUCUCCGUCUUCCCUCAGUGUUUUCUCGUCUCCUGCAGCAGCUGCAGACAGUCUGUCUGAUGGUUCCCAGUCCUCGUCCUCUCUACAGUCCUGACAGAGUCUCAAUCUUCCAGCUGUCCAUCUACCUGAAACGCUGGAACAUCCAGGAGCUGGGCGAGCACAUCUCACGUCUCUCCAGAGAAGGUACACACAGCACAACAUCUCUCAGAUAAAACCAAGAAAUGACUCAUUGUUUAAUAUAUGAGAGUAUAAUUUUUUGUGUUGAGUUAAAUGCACAUGAAUAAAAAUAGAAAGUCAAUAUACAUAAAUAUGACGAUAUAUAAAUAUAGACAUAUUUGCAUAUAGAUAUAUGCAUAAACUUCCUCGGCUCCAAAGUGUUUAAACUGUAUCAUUUAUUAAUCAUGACCUCUGUUGUGUUUUAGAGUACCUCCUAUCAGCCCUGGAGAGUCCCAAACGGAGGCGGGCCUUGAAUAAAAUUAAGGGGCGGGGCAUCACAGAGCUCCUCCCUCUUGCUUAUACGUUGCAGACUCUCGCUGCUCUGCAGAUUGACUCCAACCACAAAGUGUGUAAAGCUGCUGCAGGCUGUCUGAGCAGAACUGCAGGCUGCAAGAGCUUCAGGAGUAAGGUACGAAAACUGCAUCACAUGAUCAUCAUCAUCAACUUUUCUAGAGCUGACCUGGCGAAAUAAUCAAGGGCGAAAACAACCUUUAUGCACAUGCUCUGUCCUCUUCUUCUGUUUUUUUUGUGCAUUUCCUCGGCAGUGUUACAGCACCACUCUCUGGCUUGGCAUAUGUACUACAUCGUUUUAGUGAAGUUUGGUGAAGUUGUCACUGAAUAAAAAAUUGAAAAUCGAGUUUUCAAAGAAAAAAUAUGGAUUUUAUUUUUGGCAUAAAUCAUGCAGCCCUACAUUUGACAUGUGUGCGAAUCUUCACAAACUUCUCCUGCACCUGCAAAACCUCCUCAAACCUGGAUGUGUGUGGAUCAUUCUUAUUCAUGCAUCUAAAAAUUUAGAUAUUUCUGCAGAUUUGUUCACAGGAACACAAAAACAAACUGCAGGCUGUGAAAAUAUUUCAGAAGCUCAAAGUCUUUUUGAACUUUAAUUGACUUUAUAAAGUGAAACCUCACAUAAUGUAUGUGUCUGCUCUCCGUCUCUGCUGCAGGCUGUCAUUUUUUACACUGAGAGUCUGAAGAGCUCUGAUGUUCAGAUCCAACAUGGCUCCUGUUUGGCUCUGAAGUGCCUCAGGGUGAGGACACACAAAUACACAGAGUCUACAAACAAAGAGACACUCAGAAAUGCAGCUUCAGUGCCACUUGAGAAAUUGCGUGUGUGUGUUUUGUGAUUGUGUGUUUACAGGCCACAGAGAGCGUGGACCACAUUGCAGAUCUGUGGAGAUUACAGGAUGAGGAUCUCCGUACCGCUGCCAAAGAGACCGUCCUCUCCUUUGGUAUAAAAGUGACUUUAUUUUCUAAUAAUUUUUAUGUUUUUAGAUUCAUAUUUACUCUUUAUCCGUGUGUGUGUGUGUGUGUGUGUGUGUGUGUGUGUGUGUGUGUGUGUGUGUGUGUGUGUGUGUGUGUGUGUGUGUGUGUGUUCAGGUAAGAAAGGUUACCUGGCUUUCCAGAGGAUGGAUCAGCUGUUCGAUGAGAUGGAGGAGGAGGCGUAUCGGAACUUGGAGACUGAGAUCACGUUUCUAUAGGAGGCAGUGUGUGGACCUGAAAUGGAGCGUUUUACACCCAGCAGUCUGGUUUAGUUCGAGACAGUUUGUGUAUCUCACUGGAAUCCUUGUCAAACAGCUCCUCCUUCUGGAAACUGAUUUUUUUUUCUUUUAACAAACUUUGUGCCUGAAAUGACAGAUAAAGACCCCAGUAAAGAGGAAUCAUAGAGAAAUGUGCAGACUCUAGUCCAGAGAUGGAGACUCUGGGCUGUUUGCUUUCUGCUGGAUCAUCUCCAAGGCUUUGAUUUUCAUAACCACAUGACCAGAAAAAACAGCCCUGCCCAGAUUAAGGAUUAUUUUCAGACUUUUUUUAAAACAAGGAUCUCACACUGACAGCAAUCUAUGAAGACCGACAGAAUUUGUAUAUAAACAAGAUGACCGUGCCAUAUUUAUAAGAUGGAAAAUGAAGAGGAAGAAAGAGUUCCCUCCCAAAUAUCAGACUUCCAAAUCUUUCUUCUGCAGUUUUUAAUCCAAACAAAGUUUCACCACCUUGUGACUCAUGUAGGUGCUGCCCCCUUCUGGCUGUCUUACUGAACUGAAGCUUGUGAGGGUUCCUGACCUGAGGAUGUUUUCACUUGCCACAGACAUUGUUCCUCUGUGGUUAAACUGACCUCUGACCUCUCUCACCCAGUAUUUUGGGAAUGUCUGGGAGGUAAACUGAAACAGCGUGGGAAGAGGAAGAUGUUUGUAGGAUUUGUUUAUGAGAUGAGGAUGUUUAAUUCAAGGUUUGUGCCUCAAUCUCAGUAAGCAUGUGAAAGUUCAACACGGGACGGCUCUGCAGCGUGUUCAUGGAGGAUUUAUGGUCUCGGGAUGAGCCAGGAAACUGACAAAUUAUGUCAUUUUCUCUCCCCAAAUAUUCUUACUUCUGCAGUCAAAAUCAUCAGCUUAUUAAAACUCUGUCUUGAAUUGGUAUAGAAAUAAAAAUUUAAACAAGGGACACCAACAUGGGGAAAAAAGCAUAGGAAUGUAGUGUCCUUUGUGAAUAAUCAGACCAAAGAAAGAGCAACUGUCCUCUUAAUGAAACACUGAAGUAGUUAGGAUCUUACACUUGACCCAGAUUAGUUUUUUGCAGAAUUAGGACUAUGUGGGUUGACAGUUUUUAACAUAAAAGUCAGGACAUAAACAAUCUGAGGUUAAACCAUGUUGUACCUUUCACUUAAAUUUCAAGGCCUAUUUUUAGCCUGUUAAAGAUCCCUGAGCAAAAAGAAGCACCGAUGCAAAAGAAGAAUUUUUACAUCCGCAUAAUGACAUGCAUGUGUUUUAGAUGUUGCACAGAAGGAAAGAGUGAGAAAAUGCAGCAGUGAAGGAGGGAAACAUUGAAGGAAGUCUUGCAGAAACUCAACUGCAGGCAAAAAAAAAGUGAAGAAAGUAUUUAUUUACAAAAGGGUUCAAGUGAAGGAUAAUGCAGAGUGAACAAGAGUUCAUGCAUCACAACAGAGUGAGUGAGAGUCCUGCACAGCCACUCUCUCAGGGUACAUGAGGUCAAAUGUGCAGGAACUCCUUUUAUUGUCAGGGUGCUCCCAGUUUGUUUUGUUAUUAAGAAUGAAUCACCUUUUUAUGGGAUUUCAACCAAUCAGAAUCAGACAUUAAAGACAGCUGGAUAACAAACUCAAAUAAAGGCAUUUACUUACCUCUGAACCUGAAUAAACUCCGUCAAGCUGAGACCCUCCUGUGAAGUGGUUUUACAUCUCUCUGUAUUAUAAGGGUUCAAACACCAGCGUUAAAUGUUUCUCCCAUUUUUACUUCAGAUGUUUCAAUUUAUUUGUUCUUCAUUCAAUAUUUACAAACACACACACACACACACACACAUUAUAUUUAAGUCAGGAUUGUAGGAGAAAAUUGUCCUUUAAGAUCCAAAGAAGCAAAAUGUGUCAUUAUACAUAAUGUAUCUAGAUGUAUAUUUCUUAAGGAAAUGUGUAUAACUGAGACCUUAUAUUGCAUUUACCUGCAUUUAAAGAAAAUAAUUUCAUUUUGGUAAGAAUAAAAAAUACUUUCACUGUCAAUGUUUGGUGAAUUAUUUCCAUCUCAGAAAACCUUUCCUUUUUUAUAUCUGUGAAAGUCUGACAAAUACAGGUGGAUAAUUUAAUAUAAAAAAACUAGUUAAGGAGGGUUUAUGAGCCUGAAAUGCAAACAUACGACAGUUUAGAAAAAUCUCAAAUACAGUGAACGAAACUAGGAUUGAAAGACUAAACCUGCAAUUAAACAAGUGAGGAAAUGUACAUUUUUCUCCUUAAGAAUUUUUUGUGUCAAAGUGAUUUCUGAAUUUUUCAACUUCAAGAUGUAAUUCAUUUUUUUAACUGCAGGAUAAUCGUCACAUCUGAUUAACUGAAAUCCAAAAUAUGAAAAAAAGCCUCUAAAAUAAAACAAAUCAAAUAAAAAAGCUGUGUAUUUAGUAUGUGGGUUUUGUCUGUUUACAUGCAGACCUGCAUGUCUGUGAUAUAACUUCCACCUUUAAAAUGUGCAGACAGUUGUGGAUUUUGUGAAUGGGAAAAAGUCGUGCAUAUUUGGGUUUAAUAUGAGAAUUUGGAGUAAAAAGUUCAAAGAUCAGUUUGUAUUGUCAAGAUUAAAACCAGAAAAGGCGGCUCAGUUUUAGGUUGUUUUGGUAUGAAAUCCUGAACAGCUGCACUCUCCUUUAUAUCUUUACAAUCACAAAAUAUAUUUUCAGUCUGUUCUCUUAAACUGCGUCUUUGUUUUAUUAAAGACAGAUCAUAAUUUGAACCUGUA